GGCGCGGAGGCUGCGCGCGGGGACGCGGCGGCGGGGAGGGACAGAUCUGAAAUUAUUUUUUAUUUCUUUGUUUCCUAGUCGGGCGGGGGGAGAAAAAAAAAGAGGGAGAAAGAAAACGGGGACAGGGGGGAAAGGCGAGCCAAAAAAAAACCAAAACCCGGAGACCCGCUGAGACUCCCUCCGGCGGGUCCCCUCGGACAGGCUUGGAUGUUGUCGCUGUGACCCGGGCGGGGCAGGAGCGGAGAAGGAGGCGGCGGCGGCGGCGGCGGCGGCGGCGGCGACGGGGGGCAGCAGCAGCAGCAGCAGCAGGCGCCACCACCACCGCCGGGCCAGGCCGGGUUGGGUCUCGCCGGGCCGGACGGGAGGAUGAAGCGCCGGAGCGCCGACUGCAGCAAACUCCGGCGGCCGCUGAAGCGGAACCGCAUCACUGAGGGCAUCUACGGCAGGUAUGGCCCGCACCUGCCUCGCCCCGCCCCGGCCUGUCAGUGGCAUCGAGGGAGCCUCGCCGGUCCCUCCUUCCCUCCUUCCUUCUCUUGGCUUUGAGGUGAAGCAGGGGAGGGGGCGCCUUCGCCGCCUCAGCCCCCGACGGGGCUUCCUCCUCCUCUUCCUCCUCACACGGAGGAGGACGACAGGCGAGCUUGGCGGGACUCCCCUCAUCCCCACAGACACGCACACGCGCACCACUUUCGCACGCCCCCCCUUCAUUAUCUCCUCCACACACCCCAAUUGCUUCUCCCCUCAUGCAGCCACUUCCCGCCCUUUGUCCGCCCUCAGGGCCCCGCUUCUUUGGCGCUCUGGGCCAUUGUCUUCAGAAGAAGCAAAAGUAGCCCCCUCCCACGACGCCCGACACUUCUCUCCUCCCAACACCUCCCCUCAAAACGCUUUGGGGUAGCCCUGAGUGGGCCUUGCCUUCUCUCUCUCUCUCUCUCUCGCUUAAUAGUUACCUCGGGUCCCUCCUCAGCCUUCCUCUGAAGCAACGUCUCUCUCCCACGUUUCUGCCCCCCCCACAGAGUCCGCUCAGACUUGGGGUUGGCACCCAUCCUGCAGACAUGCAUUGGGGGCGCCUUCUUUCAUUUUACUGCCUCUGUAUGAUGGCCCUGCUGCUCUUAAGUCAGGCUGCAGCACAAUAGUGGGAUGUGACCCACAAGUAGAAGACUGAUGCUUAGGAGCCUUCUCUCCCCCCGCCCCCAUGCCUCACAUUGGGAACCCUCCCUCUAGAAACCUCCCUUUCCCUCUAUAACAGAUGUGGUGAGCCCUACAACUUGCAUCAUCCCUGACCAUUGGCCAAGCUUGCUGGGCCAAAAGUUCCCCACACUUUGUCUAUACUCACAUCUACACUGACAACUCUUGCUUUGAGGCUUUCACAGGGGCAAUGUCUGUUGACAGAUUUCCCAUCCCAUUACUCUCUUGUGAAGCCACAGCCUAGCCCCCACCCCAAUGUGUGUGCAAACACACACACAGGCUACUUGUUCUUGCACUUUAUCUUCCCAUGCAUCCGUUAGAACGUCUCCAAAUCAUUGCUGAUAAUUAUUGUAUUUUAAUGCUGCAACAAAGACAGGACAAACUGUUUAGUGACACACACACACAAAUGCUUUGUGGCCUCAGAAGCUUCACUUCUGGCUCAAUUUCCACCUCCCCCAAGAUAGUUGUCUUUAGAACUUGGUUCCCCUUCUCCCAAUUGUGGGAAGCUUUCCUCUAUGAUCUCUCUAACAACACACACACCCUUUCUCUUUUUAAGAGGCUUAAAUGAAUGAUGCUCUGCAUUCUAUUGAAAUAUCCCCCCCACCCCUCUUCCCUGAAACCACACCUCCUCUUUGGUUGCCAUUUCCUCCGCACCCCACAACUCUUGCAAUUUAAGUGUUUCUAGAUACAGUACCAGACAGAUCGUCCCCCCUCUAAUCCCUUUCUCUUAACCCGUUCCAUACAACCUUCCCCACAAUUCUAGUGCUCUUCCAGUCAUUUUGCUCCCACACCGUCAUUUGAUGUCCUCACCCCAGUUGUGGUUUCAGUUACAUCGACUACCCUACACUUAGUGGCCUCCAUUCACUGUUUUUCUCCACAUAGAUGAAUACCUUUCCCUAGAAUGCAAUCACACCCAUCAGUUGGGCACCCACAACCCUGACUAUUCUUGCCCUUAAGAGUUUCCUCAUUUAUAUUUUACUUUGAAGUCACACUUUCCAUAGAGUGGUAGUCCUGUUUGCUCUCAGUUUUGUCACUCAUGCUACUCUAGAUUGGUACUGUAUUCUGAAGCCCCACCCCACUUCAGUUGUGUGGCCUUCCACCCACCCUUCAACAACCACUGCCCCUAACUCAAAGGUCCUUUAGGCUUCCACUAUUAUUUCCCCUCCUUUGUAUUUCUAUUGAUAUAUUUGUCAGACUGCAGUUCAUUUGUCAUCCUCUGCAGUGAUUGUCAUACUUCUAUUCCUGCUUGUCCCAUCCAAUCAAACUUCCUGCCACAGUGCUCAACCCUGCCCUGCAUUGACAGCCCUACUCUUAAGAGUCUACCCCACACACAUUGAUAUACCUUUCCCUAGGAUUCCCUCACACAAUGCACUGUAUCCCAGACACAUACUGACAAUUCUUGCUGUUAAGAGUCAUCCACCCACUGUGUCCUUGUCCUCUGCACUGACAGAGAUCCCACUUACCCCAUACUCAUUUGAGCCACUUUUACAGUGACAGGCCUGACUCUCAAACCCUGCCCUCGCAAAUUCUGCUGAAGUCCCCAUUCCACUGGCUAUGCACUUGCACAUUGAUAGUCCUACCCUUAAGAGUUCCCCACCUUCUGUGCCAUGACAGACCUACAACUUCCCCAUUCAUUAUGUUUCCCCCACCCAGACCAAGCCAGUGUGUCCAGUGGUCAGGGAUGACAUGAGUUGUAGUCCAACAAUAUCUGGAGGGCCACAGAUUCCCCAUGUGCUCCAAAGGACACCCACCCACGCACAUAUCUUCCUCUAACACCUUUCACAGCAAUGAGGAAGGCCCUCCAGAAACUGGCAGUCCUCUUUUACCCCACACCAGAUAGGCUCUCAGAUUCUCCCUUGCAUUUGUUUUUACUGCCACAAUUUCUUCCCAUGUCCCUAACUACCUUCCCACUGUGCCCUCUUAUUGAAUAUAUGCUGAAUACUCCCACAAGUAUGUGAUCAAAACAUGUUUUUUAACACUGAAGCCCCUUCCUGCCCCUUAGGACUUCCAAACAGUCUUUCAAAUGACUGACUUUUCCUUGUGAUGUCUCUUCUUAGGCCACUAUCCCUUUUUCAUUUAACCUUUUCUGUGCUCAUCUUAAUGUUUCUUUCAGUCCCGUCACGCUAUGCUAUAUUAUAUCGCUUCAUGAAUGAAAAGUUUGCCUGAUAUGUUCUUGCCUUCUUUGCGAAUACUCAUAUCUAUUCAGGAGAUGCUCUGAUUCACACCUCCUUCCCAAGUUGUGUUAUUUCACUUUCUUUUUGUGUCGUCUUCCGUUUUUGUAUGGUGACUUAUUUUUAAAGCUGUGUCAGAGUGAAAGGCAAUGAUGAAGAUAUUGUUCAUAUUCUCUGGUGAGUGGGUCCCAGGAUUUUCCAUGGCUAUUUCCCAACUGCUAUUAAAUAGGUCUUGGGGAGCUUCUUUUUUAAGUUAGAGAAAUGACUGUUGGCUAGAGCCAUCUCUAUUUACCUUGCUCUAUUUACUUCUUACAGCCAGGACUCACAGUUUCUGGUUCAUCAGGUGUUAAAAUUAUGCACAACUUGCAGAAGUGCUGUUAUGCUGUCAGUUUGUACAAUUACAAGGGGCCUAAUAGAUGUGAAAUUUUGGCAGACAAAAUUGCAGUUGUCAUUGACAAAGCCUAAGAAACUAUGUUUUUAUUGAGACUUGGAAAAGAGACCAAGCAAAACUUCAGCUUAAUACCCAAUGUUAUGCAGUUUAUGACUUCUGCCUUCACAGUAGCCAGCUGUUCCCCCAAAUCAAUGAAAAUAAGUUAAAAUACAUAACAAACUAAGGUUCUGCCCGCCUAACAAAAGGCCUACCUCCCAUACAAAAAUCCUGGCUAAGUCCAUAAAAGGCCAUCUUAAAGAAUACCGUAAAUUGGGACAAGACUAAACCAUGAGAAAUUGGUUUUCCUCAAAGACUUUGCCCAAUUGAAGUCACAAUUUUGUUAUAAAAAGAUAGCAUAAGUGAUUGCUUAAGAACAUUAAUUACUUUAAUACAUGUGUAUACAACUUUACACACAAACACCAGAACAGUGCUUCUCUGUUACUUUUCUUACUGUACAGCAAGCAGCAGGAUUUUAUCAGAGGUGGGGUUUGGGCCUCCCAACAAUUUAAUGUUAAUUUACCUGUGUGUAGAACUAGCCACUGAAGUGUAAAUUCUCUUUGUUAGCUAUGAGUAUUACAAGCUGUCCCAUUUGAGCUCAAGCUUAUGUAGAUCAGCUUUCCUCAACUUUAUGCCUUCCAGAAGUGUUGGGCUACAAAACAUUGUUUUGCUAUCUUCAACUGAUGGAAGUUGGAGUCUCAGAACAUCUGGAGGGGAUGGCAGUGGAAGAUGGUUACAUGUUUUAAAAAUAAUGGAAGGAAAAGACCAAGGAGACUUUGUCCUUUGCACAUGCUGGUGAAUAACACAGCAAAAGCCAGUGCUAAUCACAUAUGUACUACAGAGGGUUGUGUAAGCCAUAGGAACAUGGCCCCUGCUCUCAGUGUGUGGUGGUGUGGCUUCAGCUUUGUGGAUCCUGCUUUGCAAGGUCACAGCAGUUUAUUUUAAUUUAGCAGUUAUGCCCUUUCUGCAAAUAUGAGGCUAAUACAGUCAACUUGCCUGUUGAACAUGUGUAAGCUGGUCAGCAUGUGCUACAGACAUUUGGUUAAUUUAUUAAGCAGAUUAAUUUGUGACUUUAGCCUUUUUCCUGCAUUUCUUAAAUCCUAAUGCAGCAGAAUAUAUUCCUUGUGUUUUAUUUUUCCCUGCCAAUAGCAAAAUAGGUUUGUUGGCUUUAUUUUGAAUAUUCCUGCAGAUAUGUUGGGGGUGGAUGAACACAGCACAGUUGCCUGAGGGUGAAGGGAAAAGACUCCCAGGCCCAAAGAGGAUCUGAUAAAGUGUGUCAGAAAGACAAAAUAUUAGUAGGUCACUUGAGGAAAGUGUUGCAGGUCUGUAUUACAUUGUCAGACUUGCCAGUUCACAUUGAUGUUUGUGAUAAACAGUAGCAUGUUGAAUAAGCUAUCAGCUUUCUCUGUCGUCAUAUUUCUAGAGUAGAUUGCACUGGCUUCCAGCUGAGGUGGAUGCAUAAUAUCUCUGCCUGUAUGAGGUUUGGUAUAAAGCAGCUAAUGCUAAGGGAUUGUGAGAAGUGGUUGCUUAUUAGUAACUACCAAUUAGGAGAUAUAUUCACUUACAGUAUUUCAGGUUGUGAAAGAGAAACAUAAGAUUCUGUAAGGAUUUAAAAAAAUAAUUACCCUUUUCCAAUUAUUAGAAUUAUUAAUGUCCACAGCCCUGUAAAUUUGAAUGCUUGUUGCUAGUUGACUUUUUCAUUUCUAGGAAUGGUGGUUUUUUUGUUUUUGUUUUUGUGUUUUACUUUUAACAAAAGCUCUUGCUUGAUUUUUUUUGGGGGGGGGGUUUGAAAGAUUGGUGGUGUUUCUAGAACACCCAAAAUCUAAAAUUUAGCAGGAUUGAGCUUUCUAUCCAGAGGAUGCUUCUGUUGUGCUCCUGCUGCUGGACUUUGGGGUCCCUUCCAACUCUACAAUUCUAUGAUUCUGUGAUUCAUUGAACUCAAGGGGAUGUACAGAGACUGUGGGUAAUUCAUCUUAUCCUCAAAGCAGUGCUGUGAAGUAGAUUAGGCUGGGCGAGAGUGACUGCCCCAAGGUUACACAGUGAGCUUUAUGGUAAAGUUGAGUUUUGAACUUUGAUCUUGCUGGCCAUAACCAAUUCUCUAACCACCUGUAUAUCUUACCAAAGUUCCCAGUUCAAAUGUUACUUCAGAUAUAAACUGAAAGGGUGGCUGUAGGCAAGCUGCAGUAGGGGAUAUACUGACAUGCUUUAAAGAGCUGUUGUAAAGCUUCAUGUGUAAAUGUAUGUGGAGGACUUUGAAUGCUUUAAAAACAUUACAUAAAUGCUAAGUAUCAUUACUAAAAAUAAUAUUAUUUCUACCACAGCCAGUUCUAGAGCUGGAUUUUAUUAUUCUUAUUCUUUAGUAUUGUUUUGGUAUCCAUUAAUUUGAAAAGUUUAGACAUCUAUACUGAGCUGGUGCAUAUUCAUUUAAAAUCUGGGAUCCAAGGAACUAUUUAGAUUCAUCAGAGGACUUUAUUCAUUUAUAAAAUGUCAAACAUUUUCUAGGUGUUGUUUAUACACACACACACAAAGUCCCUGCCCACAUGUUUGCAACCUAAAAGACACAAUGCAGAAGGGAAAAUGAUAGGGCGGGAUAACAAAAAUAAGGAAAGUAGGCACCUGUUCUUACAUAAUUGAUAAAAUGACCGGAUGGGAUGGUCAUUGUUUGGGGAGGGGAAGAGUCAAGUGGUAAUUGCUCCAAGCCAAGCUGAUGAAGUACCCUGUGCCUUCUCACCUGGCCUUCUACUGCGGCAAUGUAAAUGUGCCCAGUAUAAUUUUUGAGUUAAAUAGCUGAUAUCUUCCCUCUCUUAAGAGUUUUACCAACUCCUCUCAACUUCCAAAAUAGCCUGCUAUGUGGUCCACCCAGUAGGAAGGGGGUGGGUCUGCUGCUCAAGAAAAACAAGUCUGAACAAAUUCCAUGGUCUCAUGGGACUAGUUGUGCAGGUUUUCAACAGAAAUAUUUUUCUGCAACAUUGCUUCUUUUGGGAAAGCAAAGCAACGAAAAUGCAAGAGGUUGCAAAAGAAACAGGUGGGGGGGAAGAAUCCUGUGCAGGUGAUAUUUAAAGAAAGAAAUUGUACUGUCUUUCAGGUGUUCUUUACUUUGUAUUCACUGUACAUUCAUUUGAUCGAUUUUUGCGUCAAGAAGCAUGUGUGGGUGAGACUUGCAGUAUCAAAGUGGGAAGGUAGUACACUAUUCAUUUUUUGAGGUGUGGGAUAUUCUUUCAGCAAGCAAUCCCUAGCAUAUUGUAAGGCUUGCUCCAAACUUGGUCUAAAAUGAUUAUGUGGUUAUUUAUAAGUUGACCCUGUCCUCCAAGGCAAUGUAUAAUGUUUAGAAAUUGAAAACAAUAAUCCAGAUUUAUUGGCAAGUUUUUAUUAUAUUUUUUAAAAAAAUAAUAAUUAGUGUUUCAAAAUUGCAUUCUAGAUGUCAGAGACACAUUGAUUGUGUUCUGAAAUAGCAAAAUAACAUGACAUUGAUCAUGCUGUAUCAAGAGUAUUUAAAUCCAAGUUUUUUAUUUUAAGAAUUUAAUUUUCAAUGCUUCCUUAAGUGGUGGAUCAUUAAGUGAUUUCUUAGGCAUUCUUGAGCCUGCUGGUCAAAAUGGAGUUCUGCUGGUGGUGAUGGUGGACUUGGAAUUCCUUAGCAAAAGCAAAGUAAAGGGAUAUUGAAUUCAGUUGUAUGACUAAAACAUUCUUGAAGGAGAAUUUUAGAUGUUCAGAAAGAGCUGAAAAGCAGAUUGUUGAAAAUCAUGGGCCGUGAUAAUCUGUUGGUUCUAUUUAUAGUACACUUGGGAUCUGUAGAUGCAGUAGGUAGGAGCAAAUACAUAUAAAACAGAUAUUUCUUUUUAUGGUGAACACUAAUGUACUGAAAUUCCUGCAUGGGUUUCUUCAGUGCAGUGUGUAGAUUACAGUUCAUUAAUGGGCAUUUUGUGCUUAAGAAUCUUCUUUCUGUACUUUAGCCUGAAUAUCUUUGUCUAAAUCGGGGCAGCCUGGAUCCAUUUUCAGGCCCCAGCACUGUCUAAGCUCAAUGCAGCACACAUUAGAGUAUAGUGUCAUUUCGGAGCCACCCCACCCCUCAGUCUUCUGAGUUCUAAGGGACGGGUGCCCCAGUGGCUUCUGUGACACAAGAUGGAGACCUCCAUUCAGUGCUUGGGAGACUAAUGUGUGCCUGACCAGCUUAGACGCAGAGCCUUGUGCGCAGCUAUUGGCACUUCACAUAUUGCUGCUGCCCUGGCAGUACCACAUUGCCCAUCUGUGACUUGGCAUAUGCUGAGUGGCUGGAUGCAGUACUGUUGGCCAUCUUUUAUCUAAAUCCUGUUUAGAAACUCACAUUUGUCUGUAGAUUUCUUGUUGGAGCCAUUGUGCAAAAUGGGCUCCUGUUCUUGACGUGUUUUACCUUUAGGAUUUAAAAAUUCAUUUUUCUACUCUUUCUGAAAUAUUCAGUUUCUUUUCAUUUUUGGAUAGCAAAAACAUUUUGAGAGUAUUUUCAUUGAGAAGUGAAACGCUUCAGAAAUUGCAAAAUACUCUGUUUGCAUGGCCACUAAAAUUUCUGUUUUUAGAAGACCCUUAUAAAUCAUGAAUUUCAUCUUAAGUUUUCUGUUUCAGGAAGGGAUUGUAAUGGAAUGCCAGAGGUUUUAUUCUUCUUGUCAUUUCCCAAUGUAUGUCUAUGUAUGUCCCCAGUACUGAUGAAUCAUGCUGAUUUUAGGGCUUGUUUUACCUGGACUGUAACUUUUAUUUCCUAUUUGUCAUUUCAUUUCUUACUGACAGUUUCUACAAGCACACCUCCUUGGCAGACUGUAAAUGCCAUUUGAGAAAGAAGAAGCGUGUGCUAAUGAGGAUUAGCCUCUUUGAUGCAUAUCAAAGAUGCUUUUUCUUAUUUUUUUUUAAAUGCUCUUCCUCUUCUGUCCUUUCUUAUAUCACCUAUCCUGACUCUAUAAUCAGUAGGUCAUGACAUGAGAGGAAUGCUGCAUAUAAUCACAUUAGUCAUGGUCUGCACACUUUCAAGUUAGGGUAUUUUCUUGAUCUGCCUUAAAGUAGCAGCAAUCUUUAUAUAGUAGUAUCAUAGUUGUACAUGAAAUGCGGACUGCACAGUAGGGGAGCUACUUUGCUGAACUGUGUGGUAAAAGAGAGAAGGGGAUGUUUUUCUUCCUCGUCACAUCUGGACUCAUGCCUAUAAGAGUCUUUAUCUAAUUCUUUGGACAGCUCAGUCCUAAGGGACCACUUCAGUCAUAGCACAGUGAACAAGGGGUAUUAGUACAGUGGAUCAUAGGACUGGCUGGGAGAGAGCUGACCAAGAUUCACAACAAUUUCCCAACAGAAUUUAGAAAAACAACAACAUGUUCCUAUACUGUAUUUGUAGCCAACUAAGCUUUAUUCAGAAUAGAGUAAACCCACUGAAAUUAAUGGACCUAAUGGUGUUUCUGGCUUCAGUGGCAAGGCACUUAAAACAUCAGUGCUCAGCAGGGGCGUAGGAAGGGGGGGCAGUGGGGGCAGACAGUCCCGGGUGCCGUCACUGAGGGGGAUGACAUUCAGCACACUGCCCGCCCACGACUCCCAAGCCUACCCCAAACCGAAUGUCCGCCAUGGGUGGCACAAUCUGCCCCAGUGGGUGGCUUGCUCCGGCCCUGGCUGCAGGGCGCGCACACCGUUCUGUGCACCCGAGUGGCUAUCCCGUGCCUGGGAGGGCUUUCUCCACGCCACACCCCCUUCGGGAGUGCACCCACCCUGGGCAGCGCAGGCAUAUGCUCCGCUGCUAAUGCUCAGGACUUCAGUAAAGAACCAUUUUUACUGUGAUAUUUACAGUUAGUUCAAUUCAGUUGUAUUAAAGACAUACACUUAAUUCCCUUUUCCUUGUCCACUAAGUGACUGCUCCCAGGGCUAAACUCCCUUUGAUGGAGACAUUCUUUUCUUGAAAACAUCUGAAGUAUUAAGACACACUGUGGUGGUGGUGCUGUUGCUGCUGCCAUAAAGAACAACAGGCCCCCCCCCUAAAGGCUCUGCUGGUUUAUGGUAUAUAAUAUUCAAAUUUUGGAAUAGAAUUGAAGCUAAAUUCAGAACAAAACAAAACAAAAACAAAAAGCCAAUAGACAAAUUUUAUAUUAUGGAGUCUUUCAAAGGGAUAGCCUGGAAUGGUGAUGAAGUUAGUUCUUAUAAUUCUCUUUUCUCUCUCUUUUUUUAAGAGGAAGAAGAUGGGUGGUGUGUAUAUUUUCAGUGGGUGCUCUAAAACAGGUAUCUUCAACUUUUUGAGACGAGCACUCAAACAUGCAGUUGGGGAUCUAUUUAUUACCAUAUAUUUGCAUGGUAGUGGUAGUGGUCUUGUUGCGACCCACCUUGGUUCAGCUGCUAGUGGGUCCUACUAGUGGAUCGUGAACCACCAGUUGAAUACCAGUGGUCUAAAGCAACUAUAAAUGAGCUGAUUUCUUACAGAGCUGAAGUUUACAAGGUCUUGUCCUAGAAGCCUGCAUUAUAUUCCAUCUUACUGCUUCAGUGCUGCUGUAGUGUGGAAGGCUGGGGGUCCAUCUUCUUGUGUAACCUGCCCAUGAUUGCUUAAAGCACACUUGUGUGGUCCUCUGUGGUGUCUCCUUGUCUAAAGAGUUAUCUUCCAACAUUGCUAAAAGCACCAUUCAGCCCCAAUUAGGAGGGGUUCACACUCAGAAAAAUAUAUACCAUAUUGGCCCGAAUAUAAGCCGCAUGUUUAAAAUUCAAAGGGGGGGGGAGACAAUACCCGAAUAUAAGCCACUCCCUUAAAAUUCCACAGGCACUCAAACCUGUUUCGUUUUACCAUAUGUCUGUUUCAGCAGUGAUAUCGUAAAAGCCCAUUUUUGUAAGGUUGUGAAUUUAAGCCACACUCUAACUUUUUACGGUUGGAAUUUGGGGGGGGAAGUGAGGCUUAUAUUCAGGCUAAUACGGUAAUAUAAUUCUCUGCACUAUUUCAGAAUGCAAACAUUAGAAAUGCAUGGAUGAAUAACCCAGCAAGAAGAGUUUGAACCUAGCUGCCUCUCUCUGAAGCUAGUCUUCUCUGUAUUUGAGUUUUCAAAACUUGCAGUUCUUUACCUAUAUGAGCUCUAAAAUGUACAAAUGCCAGCAUUACUGCACUAAAUAUCCUUUCUGAGCAAACGAUAGAUAAUUUUGGAAUGGUUGCCUGAAAACAGACUAGUAUUAUUGAUCCUGCUUUCCCAGUAUUAUGUACAGUUGUGUUACUGUGUAGGCUUACGUUGAAUUUAGGAUGAUAAAGAAUUGCCCCUCAGUAAGGUUGGGCAGAGAACCUUUACAAAAACUUACUUACCUCCCCUUUUCUUAGGCACAGACUAGCAAAUAUAAGGAGGUGUUUUAACUAAAUGCUCAUAGACCGUGACAUCAUAUUGUUCUGAUAUGAGGCAACUGCUUUUUUUUUUUUAACUUCAAUCUUUCUCUAGAAUAUUUGGGGUUGCCAAAUAUUAAUUAUUUCCCUUUGGCAUUUUUGCUGGAACUUCCCUACCCCCGUUUCCCCAUCUAGUUAGUUAAGAAAUUGGCACGUACUACUUUCUAAUUGCUUGUUGUCAUAUCUCUCAUAUGUAAAGAGUGGUGCUUGCUGCCAAAGCUGUGUGUGUACAAUCUUUCAGUCAUCUUGAGUUGAUUGGGCUUUUCUGUUUUUUCUCCUUCUCGUUUGCCUGUAUUAAAAGUCUUUAUCUCAAAGUGACAUUCUUCAAUUUGAUAUGUUCUCUCCUUUUAUUCUUUGCACUCUUAAUUUGUAGCUGCUUAUUUUUUGUUAAAAAUAGCCUUUGACGUCUCUAUUCCUUGACACCACCUGUAAUAAAGCCUUCAUUUCAUUGUUGAUGCAGCUCUUUGUAACAUUGCAUAGCUUUGAUAGCACUUAAUGCCAAUCUUCUGCAGGUUUAGUUUUGAGAGGAGUUUGAAAUUAAACUGGUAGAUUUUGAUUUCCAUUUUUAUGUAUUCUUCCUCUGUUAAAAACAUCAAAAGAGUUUUGUGGAAAUUUAAAGACUAACAAAUUUAUUAUGGCAUAAGCUUUUGUGGACUACAGUCCACUUCAUCAGUUGCAUGAACUGUUACCCUGAGUUGCAGGUGUAUAUCUAUCUAUCUAUCUAUCUAUCUAUCUACACAUUUGUUUGGAGGGUGGGGAUUGUAAACAGUGAAUGAAUACAUGAAAGAAUGAGGUCAGAGGGAAAUGAAAUGGAGAAAAGUACAGUGACAAGUUGCUAAUUACAGAUGUUAAUUAACAAAAUAGUUGUUGAUAACAAUGACAUUCUGGCAUUGGAAUACCAAUUAACACAUAUAAUGUGCUAAACAUUAUUUGUCUCUGUUCAGUCCACAAGUGAAUCUGUUGAUGUAUAGUAAUUUAGCAUUUUUUAAUAUUACUUUGUUCCAGAAUGGCCACUAAGGUCACAUACAGAGUCACUUUCAUCAUAGUGUACCCUGACACUCCAUGCUUGCUUUUUAACACACCAUGGAUUCCAUGCUGUUGUCAUAUCCAUCUGCAAUGAUUUCUUUAUACUGGGGUUGCCAACAUGGUGCCCUCCAGAUUUUUGGACUAUUGCUCCUGCAUUCCCUAGCUGUUGACCAUGCUAGUUUAGGAUGCUGAGCAUUGUAAUCCACAUCAUCUGGUGGGUACCACAUUGACAACCAUUGCUUUAUACAAACCGUGCUCUCAGAUGCUUGAGUUUAUCCUAUUCCAUAUGGAGGAAUAGCAUAGAUAUUUAAUGAACUCCCACAGAUAAUGAAAGCAAUAUGAUAAUCAAAGUCUUGUGCUUUCUUCCUGUUUUACUUCUUUUGAUUAAAUGAUCUUGCUUCUCUUACCCAAGGUGCUCUUUAAAAAAAGGGGGGGAGCAGAACUUCAUUCUUCCCCUCUUCUCCCUUUUCACAUGUGGCAUAGGAAUUCAUUUCUAUUACAAUGUUUUAUAGUUGACUUAUUUCAAAUAAAUGUGGGAGGCAUAGUCCAAUCAAAUUGAGUGCUCUCAUCAAUUUCUAUGGGAUUAUUAAGGAUAUGCUUAUCACUUUCUGAUGUACUGAAUGGUACAUCAUGUCCUGCUUGUUGUUUCAAAUAGGCAACUGGUUGUUGUUGCUUAUUACAACUUUAUCCCACCUAUCCUUCAAAAGGAGCCCAGUGCAGAAAAUGACAAAGCAGCACAGCAAAACAAUUUAAAAAAUAAAAUAAGAGCAUUUAAAAACUUUAAGAACAACUAUGUUUAUUACUUUUUGGGGAUGGGGGCUUGGAGAGGAGGCUCAGUCUGUCUUGUAGAAGCUAACUGCAUUUGUGCGCUGGGUGUGGAGGAGGGGGCUUCUCUCCUGUAGCCACCUGCUUAAUUUCUAUGUUGGAUGUGGAGGAAGAACAGAAUACUUGUUCCCUCCUGAACCAACCCUUUCAAAUGCAUGUACGUAUGUAGCUCUUUUUUUUUUGCCUUUGGCCACCAAGCUAGCUAAAUGCAGGACAACUUAAUAUUCUCUGAACCUCAUCUGCAGUAUGGAGGAGUCUGAUCUACCUUGGUUUUCCUACCAGCAAGUAUGUAUAUGAAGUACAUUGAACAAUUAGCAUGCUGUGUGUGUGUGUGCGUGCGUGCGUGCGUGCGUGCAAUUGAAGGCGCUGAAACUUAAAUUCUUGCUUGUUUGGCUGCUGCUCAGUUUUCAUAGUGGGCUAGAUUAGCUUCUCAAUAAUGACAUGUGAUAAUUUAGUCUCUUUUAAAGCUAAGCAAAGACAAAUACACCUUAUUUUAAAGGGGUACACCACUGCAUUGUGGUGGAUUGAUGAAUUAAUAAAAUAUUGAAAUAUACACAACUGAAGAACUAUAGUGUCAGAGGGCCACUUCACACAAUACAGCAGGAGCAGGUACCCAUCUAAAAGGUAGAAUGUCUCUAGCAGCUAGUGUAGGUGUAUAUAUUCCAUUUAUUUAUAGAAAUAUGAUGCACAAGUAGUGCAGUGUUAACACCCAGUGUCUACACCCCUGAGAGUUCCUGUCAGUAAUACGGCAGUGCACAUACAGAGGAAAUUAUGAUCCAUAGUCACCUUUCUCUGGUAACAAAGUGGAAGUGGGGUGUAUGUUGCAUUUUUAAAACUAUCUUACUUUUUUUCUGAACAGGGAACAAUAACUCAUUGGUAGAACACAUACUUUAUAUUCAAUAGGUUCUGGGUUACCCUCAGGAACCCCUGCCAGUUAGAUUGGGCAAUACUGAGCUAGAUGAAUGUGCUGUAAUGCAGCUUCUGUGUAGCAUAACCCUUUUACAAAGCAGCCAGAUGUCCUCCCCCUUUUUUUGCAAGCUACCUUUUUAACCUUCUUCAAUAUUUCUGAAUCACCUGGCCUUAGUUUAACCAGAAAUGAAAUUCACUACAAUGUGAAAACCGUGUUAACCCUGGCAUCGUGAGUAAUAUUUCUUAUAUUCUGCUUUACUGCUUCCUGAGUCUUUUUAUCUUCUCUGACCUCUUGUGUUUUUCAGCUGAGUUGCAGUUUUUAUCUCAUCAGACCUGCUGUUCAGGAACAUUUGCUUGUUGUGAAUAAAUUGCUUCUAUACUAACACCACAUUACAGAGCUAGAAGAAUAUUUCUAAGUGACAUUCCCACAAUUGUGGAACUUUUUGCCCUCUCCUAAGCAUCUUUUGGAACUGUUGCAGUAAUUUUCUGCAUGUUCUUAAUUGUGAGUGGCAGGGCUAAACUGGAAUGGGAUGGGCUCUGUAGCAUAUAUUUUUUAAAAUGCUUCAUGUGUGUCUACCAUAUAUAUAAACAUAUGCGCGCGCACAAGCAAACACACAUACAAUGCAUAUGUAUAUGCAUUUGCCAUCAGGUGUUAGUACAGUAAGAUAAUGUGUUGCAUCUCUGUCAGUCUGCCAGAUGUUUAUCCUAUUCAACUGCCCAAUAAGAUGAAAUGCAAUGUGUAAAAUACAAAAUCACAGCCUAAAUAAAACCAAUUAUAAAAGACAAACUAAGAACCAAGUGAUUAUAGCAGGUUCAAUACAUUCCUACAGAAAAAUAACGUAACUUUUCAAAAAAAAAUCUGAAUAGGCCUUUAGAGGAGAAAAGUUUGAUAUAAAAUCCACUUGGUUGAAUCCCAUUACUCUGAAAGAGUAUCUUACAUACUGCUGUUCCUAGCAAAUUGGCUUGUAUAAUUGGUUACAUACAACCUACAACAUCCAGCUCUAUAACUUAGCAAUAAAUCAGAGUGUAGGAGGAAUGCUACACCUUGCCAAAGGAGCCUCAAGAUAAGGAAUAUAGUUGUUUAUUUAAACUUAUACUUCCCUGUAAUUCUAGGGUAGCUUUUACCUUGUUACGCCUCAUUUUGCCUUUUCUUAUACAGUGGUACCUUGGUUCUCAAACUUAAUCUGUUAUGGAAGUCUGUUCCAAAACCAAAGCGUUCCAAAACCAAGGUGCAAUUUCCCAUGGAAAGUAAUGCAAAAUGGAUUAAUCCGUCCCAGACUUUUAAAAACAACCCCUAAAACAGCAAUAUAACAUGAAUUUUACUAUCUUAUUGGAUCAUUGCUCCAUAAAAUUUAAGCAAUAAACAAUGUACUGUACUAUAAAAUAAAUAAACAGUACAGUGGUACCUCGGGUUACAUACGCUUCAGGUUACAUAUGCUUCAGGUUACAGACUCUGCUAACCCUGAAAUAGUGCUUCAGGUUAAGAACUUUGCUUCAGGAUGAGAAUAGAAAUCGUGCUCCGGCGGCGCAGCAGCAGCAGGAGGCCCCAUUAGCUAAAGUGGUGCUUCAGGUUAAGAACAGUUUCAGGUUAAGAACGGACCUCCGGAAUGAUUUAAGUACUUAACCCGAGGUACCACUGUAUCUGUAGAAAAUUAUGUUGGUAAUGGUAAGCUGUUUAGGACAAACUCUGACUCGUACCUGCCACCAUUUUCUGACUAGUGAGCCUCUGUAAUUUUCAGCUGUAUCAAGUGGGCCCUGGAGGUAUACAGUUUGAGAACUCCCUGUGUAGCAAGAGUAGACACAGACACCAUUUUUUCUUCCUCCCUAAUUAUAGAACUCUGUGUGCAUAAUAGAACUUGGAACCAAUGGAAUUGAUUUGGCCGUAGGUUGAGGACAGGCUAAACAGAAGUACUUCAUCAUGCAGCACAUAAUUAACUUAGGAAAUUAACUACUACAAGAUACAGCACAGACUACUGACUUAGGCCAUUCCUCUAAGAAUAUAUCCAACCCUUUUACAAAUUCACCUAUCAGUGGUCAUUAGCUAUGAAAGCUGAUAAUGGUUCCUUCCUAUAUAGUAUAUCUGUGAACUCCAGUUAUUAGAAAUAAAGUGGGGGUGGGUAUAACACCUAUGCUGUGUUUGUAAGCUUCUAGAACAGGGAUCAACAAACUUAUUCAGGAGGUGGCCAGUCCACUGUCCCUCAGACCUUGUGGAGGGCCAGACCCACCCUCUCCCAAAAGCACCCUUCUCCUGAAAGCACCCCCCUCCCAAAAGGACCCCCCACCUCACACUCGCCGCUGCCACCACCUUGUCUUCAGCAGCGUCAUCAUCGUCCUCUGCAUCGGCCAGGGGUUCGCUGGGCGCAGAGCCCAUGCUGCUGGCCUGGGCGACGGAGGCAGCCUCCCUGCCGCCGCCACUUCCUCCCGCUCGGCUCUUGGCCAUACACAGCUGCCUCAGCAGGAAGGAAGGGGCAUCACCCAGGUGUGUCCGCGGCUUUGGAUUGGCCUCGGGAGCUUCCUGCAGCCAAUCUGAAGCCACGUCAGUGUCGCAGAAGUCAGUCCCCACGCGGCGAGGCCUCCGCACCGCGCCAGUUUAGCGGGGGGACUGACCGAGCGGGCGUUAGGGUCCGCAAAGUUUGCAGGCCGGAUUAACGAGCCUGGUGGGCCGCAUCCGGCCCCGGGCCUUAGUUUGCUGACCCCUAAUCUAGAGGGAUUGAAUACUCAGGCGUAGCAUGUGGGGGCUGUGGCCCCAGGUGCAAUGUUGAGAGGGGGCACAAACAGGCACCUCCACAGCAGGUUCCUUUAUCGGAGCCUGGCUCAGUGCCAGAAGGAGCUGCGCAUUGGCUGCAGCACUUGUGCCGGUUGUAGCUCUACUCCCCGGGUCAGGCCUGACCCGGGAGAUGAUAGCAGGCAAGUGGGCGACAGCAGUGCUGCCCAUCCUCCUUGGCUGUGGCACACCUCGCACCUGGCGGCCUCAGCUCUGUCAUUGGGUCACUUCUGACCCAGCGGCGGAGAGCAGAGCUCCUCGGCUGCAGUGGCUCCAGGUCACAUCUGGUCCGGCUGGCGUAGAGCAUCCCACUUUGGCUGCGGUGAGGCCUGACCCGUGGUGGAGAGCAGGGGGAGAAUGGACAGCAACUUCCCCGCCCCUCUCCUCCCCUGAACUGUGGGCAUGGGAGGGCGCCCUCCACACUCUACCCUCCCUUGGGGGCGCACUCCUCAUGCCCGCCCCAGGCAGUGCAUGCAUAUGCUCCAUGGCUGUGCAUACUGACUGCUUUGAAGUGGAUGGACCUUUUCUUUAAUUCCUCAAGGGUAGUUCAUAUGUAUUGGAACCUUCCCAAACAGAAUAGUAAGGGAGCUUUCAAAGUCCUUCUGUGUAAUGAAUAUCCUCUGUUAAUAAGGCUGUUGUCACAACCAUCACAUCACAAUGCCUAGAUAGAUCGAUGACAUGUUAGGUCUGAGAAUAACAAAUCUGUGCUGCUAAAAGCUGAAAGAACCCCCACUGUGUGAAUUGUAGUAUCAUAGAAUUAUAGACUUGGAAGGGACCCCGAGGGCCAUAUAGUCUAAUCCCCUGCAAUGCAGGGAUCUCAAUUAGAUCAUAUAAGACAGAGUAAGGUGCAGUAGAAGAAUGUACCGGAUAACAAGGUCUAAGUGCACCAGGAAUAGAUAACCUGUGUCCUUCCAGUUGCUUCUGGACUCCUGCUGUCAUCAGCCCCAGCCAGCUUAGGCAAUAGUUGGGUCAGGGGUAAUAGGAAUUGCAGUCCACCAGUGUCUGGAGGGUCACAGUUUGCUGAUCCAGGCUGUAGCUGUCAUAGCCUGCCUAUGCAUUAAGAUCAAUGUCUAAGGCCCUGUUUUCUGACCCAUCAUCAUGAACUAUUAGAUUGGUGGGUCAUAAUCUCAGCAUCUACGAGUGCCACAGGUUAGCUAGCCCCGUGUUCAUGAUAAUGCAUUGAGAGUAACAACAAAAACUUGAGAGCAUGCUGGGUGGGAGGGUGAUAAUGCAAACAACUUACAGAUGACUUGAUUAAUGAACAUUCAGCCUGAUUUGUUUGUGGGGAGAUUAGAUAACAUUGCAUCAGGCAAGUGUUAUCCCAUACUUUCCUGUGCAUUUCCCUGUUACUUUCCUUAUGCAGUCUGAUACUCUAGGGAAGCGGGUUUGUUUCACAAGAGCUGUGAAUCAGCUUGAAUUGUGCAGCUUGAAUUUGCUGAGAUGUGACUGAAUCCCCCAGAAAAUAGUGACAGUUUGCAAGCACCCUGCAUGCUGUGAUUCUUUGCUAUAAGUCCUAACAGAAUGAUUAUUACAUUGCCAAGCAAGAUGUUUUGCUGUGGGCUUAAAGCAGGCAUAUCCACAGAUGUCAGUGUGAAAUUAUCCUGCCUUUACUGGGCAGCAGUGAAUGAACAUAUACUAAUAGUUAUGCCUGUGGAGUGACGAAUGCCCUUCUUCUGGCACUGUUUGCCUAUCAAGUGGACCAUGGAGAACUACAGGCUACUCUCUGUUGUGAACAGUGGGCCCUUGGUUAGGGCAAUGGUUGAUGUGGGCAAACAGUGCCAGAACUGAAGACAUUGCCCUUCUACCUACUCAUUUUUUCACUCUCAGCAUAUGACAGAAGGUUACAAAGCCUUAAGGAAUUAGAAGUAACUGCAUGAACAUUGCCCCUUCCUAUUACAUGUUUGUGACUUCUGUGAUGUAGGCAACAGGUUCCUAGCACACUGACUUCAUGGGAAAAGCUCUGUGGUACACAACAGGACUGGGGAAAAUCACCUUCUGAUUUUUGAUGCUUGUAUUAAGGAUAUACUUCAUUCAGCUCUUGCACACAGCUUCAUCUUACAUAGAUGGCCUCGGUCCAGUAUACCUGAAGGAGCGUCUCCACCUCCAUCGUUCUGCCCGGACACUGAGGUCCAGCACCGAGGGCCUCCUGGCGGUUCCCUUGCUGCAAGAAGCAAAGUUGCAGGGAACCAGGCAGAGGGCCUUCUCGGUAGUGGUACCCGCCCUGUGGAACACCCUCCCACCAGAUGUCAAAGAGAAAAAUAACUACCAAACUUUUAGAAGACAUCUGAAGACAGCCCUGUUUAGGAAAGCUUUUAAUGUUUAAUAGGUUAUUGUAUUUUAGUGUUUCGUUGGAAGCCGCCUGGAGUGGCUGGGGAAACCCAGCCAGAUGGGCGGGGUAUAAAUAAUAAAUUAUUAUUAUUGUUGUUGUUGUUGCUGCUGCAAUGGAAUAAAAUGGCACAUAAAGACAGAGAAGGUGGGGAGUGCAACAAAAGAAGGGAGGAAUGAGAUGAGUGUAGAAAAGAGAAUGGAGGAGGAAUCUGAGCUCCAGAGAAUUGCUGUAAGUGCUGCUAUUCAGGGUGCCUGCACAGAGCCUGCAGGGCUGGUUUUCAGAGGAGCGUGGAUGAUUUAGGUGAGACAAACUGCUACCUGCUCAAAAGGGGAAGAUUCUACUCAUUUAUUCAGCAAAGUUUGUGAUCAAAAUGUGUAAUAACAUUAUGCAGAAUCUGCAAAUUAAGCAAAUCUAGAAACCAAGCAAAUCAGUCUUCUUUUCUCAGGCCUCUAUUUGUGCCCAGAGGAGGCAGUUCCUAAUUUAGUGGCUUUUUCUUCUAACUUGAGGGAAUAGGAUAAGUUUAUCCUGGUAAAGAGGAGACUGUGAGGAGAUAUGAUAGUCAUCUUCAGAUAUCUAAAGGGCUGUCACAUGGAGGGUUGUUUUUUCCCCCUGCUCUGGAGGGGAGGACCUGAACCAACGGAUACAAGUGACAAGAAAGGAGAUUCUGACUAAACAUCAGGAAGAACUUUCUGGCAGAAAGAGUUGUUUGACAGUGGAACAAACUCCCUCAGGAGGUGGUGGACUCCCCUUCCUUGGAGGUUUUUAAGCAGAGGGUGGAUGGCCACCUGCCAUGGAUGCUUUAGUUGAGAUUCCUGCAUUGCAGGGACUUAGACUUGAUGACCUUCAGGGUCUCCGCCAACUCUAUGAUUCUAUAAUUGCUUGUUUGCUUGAAGUAAUAUUCAGAAAACAUUGUUCUGCGUUGCUGUUCAGGUUUACUUGCAGGGCUUCCUUUUUUUACUUCCUCUGGCAAGCUUGCUCAUACUAUAUAAAAUUUCUUCUUCUUCUUCUUCUUCUUCUUCUUCUUCUUCUUCAUCGACUUUGUUAGUCCUGCCCAGGGAACACAAAGCAACUAAAGACCAAACAAACAGGCAAACUUCCGCCCAACAUAGAUACAUUAAGACCAAGAGGAAAAAUAAAUACAUUAGAAACAUCCUGCCCACUUCAAAAAGGUCAUAGGUAGUUAAAGGCCCAAGGUCUGGUUAUAGAAAGUUUUUGCCUGGCACCUAAAGAUAUAUAAGGAUGUCGCCAGGCGAGUCUUCCUCGAAAGAGCAUUCCACAAGGGAAGUCACUGCAGAAAAGGCCCAUUCUCUUGUUGCCACCCUCUGGACCUUUUGUGAAGGGGGCACAUGAUGAAGGCCCUCAGAUGGUGACUGCAGGUUCUGGACUGUUUCAUAUAUGGAGGUACUUUGAGGUACCUCCAUAUAUUUUGAGGUAUUUGAGGUACUGCAGUUUCUUUAUACUGCUAGACAUGUUGUUGCUGCUGUUGACUCGACAUUAUGCCUAGAGCCCAUAGGCAAAUAUAAUAUUCCUGAUCUACUGACCUAAGAACAUCAGGGAGCAUGUUGCAGCAUAUUGGUCCUUCCUCCGCCUGUCUCUUGUGCAAAUGCCCUCUCUUUUUGCAUUAAUUAGCGCUUGUAUAGUGUUUUGUUUGUGUCAGCGCAGAGUUAUCAACUGCUUAGCAUUACCAAUACUGUAUUAAAAACAAUGGGCCAGAUGACCUAGAGCCAGUGGAAAGCUGCUUCUCCCCUCUCCAAGGAAGAACAUCAUGGAAAGAGGGAGAUUAGUCUGGCCCCAUCCUUCAGCCAGAUAAAGGACAGGUCACCUUGCCCAAAAGAGCACUUUGUAACAAGAACUAGUGUCCACUCGCUUAUCCACACUUCGUCUUGUCCUGCUGAACAGCAAUGCAGGUACUUUAAAUAAAUACCAUAGCCAUUAUUAAAGAUGUAGCACUGUGCCAUAUUUAAAACCUACCAUGGAAGGAGAGGGCAAGGGAGUUCAUGAAUCCUAUGACACAUUUCCAAUCUCUUUAUAGCAUUUAAGAGAUUGGGAAUGCCAGGUCUGCACUAGACUUCAUAUAAGCAGCUAAGAACUCUUAUUAUGACUACAGUUAUUUUGGUGGAGCAGGACAAAUCAUUGAAGUAUGCACAUGAAACCGGAGCCCAGGAGGUGGGUUACAUUUGUCCAACAAUAUCUUAUUACAAGAUCAUUCUCCAGCAAUUGUAUAAGGUGUUAUAAACUAUGCAGAUAAAGUUGUUUCCAUUCUGUUGUACAGGCUUCCAGCACGUAUGGUGGCUUUUAGACAUUGGAAAUAAGAGAGCAAACUCUUAAAAAGCUUUUAGACAUUGGAAAUAAGAGAGCAAACUCUUAAAAAGCAAAAUAGCAUUGUGCAUAUUGUUCAGGGAUUGCCAGUGCUUGAAAGAUAGGGAAGGCUCUCAGUAAUAGGUGGAUGUUUGCUAACUGCUUGAAAAUAUCUGUUUUAAUUGCUGUUGUAAUGACCAAACUGGCUCUUUCUUUAUUGUGUAAUGUGUAUUUCAUUCCCUCGAAAUAAUUUCUUCAAACUAUUCGCAGGAACUGGAUGGAGUAAUUAUUCUGGUGAAAGAAUGUGAGAUGUCAUCAGAUGGGAAGGGUAUUUUCUGUUGUGCUCAGGCAGUAAAACGAUCCUAGAGGGUUGUUCAAGUUUAUGAAUUAACUUUUUGUAUCCCAUGCAGCCUGACUUGAUUACUUGGAGUGGGCAGGGGUUAUACAAAUAAAUUAAGUUAAUAUGAGUUUUUAUUUGUUUUUAGUUGACUGUUAAGUUUGUUAUGCAGAGUUCUUCCUGAGAUCCAUGCACUGAAGGUCUCUCUGUUUACUUCUAGUAGGCCCACUGGAAAAGCAUAGAAGAGUAAUACUUGGCUUACUUGCCAAAGUCAGACAUAAUGCUGAACAAUUAUUUCACACUGCCUGAGUGAGCCUUAGGCUUGUGUCCUCUCUCCUUCCCUCUCAUUGCCCCAUGUUUUAUUUUUGUGGCAAACUGCAGCUUGCCAUUGCAUCCAGACUAGUAAACAAUAAUUUGUGCUUGCCCUCCAAACCAGAAUUGGAAACUACAAUAUGAUUGUGGGGGAAGAGGCAGAGAAGGAAGCAAGUGAGCCUGAAGUUCACUCACGUAAUGCCAAGCCAUAGUGGCCCAGCCCUCAUGUAAAUCCAUCUGUUAUCCUCAGUUUGGAUAGAGUGCCUGUUGUCAGCAAGCCUUUCACAGGCAACAUUGUAGUACUUAUUUCUGUACAGAAAUAAACCUGUUGUUCACCAAGGGUAAAUCAUGACUGCUAUUGAUGCUGUGAUUAGCUGCUGUAAGUUUUUAUUGGAUUUUUAAAAAUUGUUCCUAUUUUGCACUUUCUCAUAUGGCAAUAGCAGUUUAAUUGCUCCUAUGGAUCCAUGUCCUUAAAGGACUUGCAAUAAAAAUAGACCUCAUCCUGGAUGCAGAAGGAGAGAUAAGGGGCAUGAGAGCAGGCACAAAGUUUAGUUUCAACUAUUGCUAGCCUGAUUUAGGCCAUUUAUUUUGGAAUAUCAAAAUAUUAACUAAAAAGCAGAGCCCUACCCUUUAAAAUCUGUGAAAUGCAGGUAAUUGCGGUGUAAAUGAAUCUAGAAGGCUGAGGUGAGCCUUUAUCAGUGAUGUGGUUUGCACAUAACACCAAGUUACAGUUUAGCCAAAGUGUGGUUUGUUUGAACAUUGAAGCCCAGCGGAGUAACCAUAGUUUGUUUUCUGGCAACAGCCCACAAUGUGAAACCACAUUUUUUGGUUUAUGAACCAUGGCCUGUUUUAACUAUGGCUUGGCAUUAUGCCUGAACCUAACAGGCUUACUUAACUAUCAUUUGUUUGACCCCCACCAUCCCUGAUGCUUGCCAAGCUACAGAGGCAUGAGGCAACAGCAUCUGGAAAACAAACCAAGCUUUGGAUAAAUAACCCAUGCCUGCUUGCUUUGUAUGUAGGACAACUUGUGAUUCUCUGAACAAUUGCGAUCAUAUGCUGUUUGAAAGUUAAUCCAGCAAAGAUACUACAUGGCACCUUGUAUUAGGAAAUAAUCAUUGUCAUUAAUUGGUAAACAGUGACCGUUUUCUGAGGUACUUUCCUUUACUCUGAGGUGGGGCAUCUUGCUGUGUUUUAAUGAAAUAAGGCUAUUGUUAGUACUUAGCUUCAUAGUUUUUCACACUUUCUGCAGUGCUGGUAUGCAGUGUAGCUGCAAACAGUUUUAUCCUUCACACCAACUUAAUUCUCUGAACUUUUAUGAGAACUGAAGUUUUUGUACUACUCUUAUAAGCAUGUGACAGUUAUGGACUCCAAAUUGCUGCAAAUAGACUUUGGCAUUGUCAUCCUUUGAUUUUUAUGUGGAAUUCAAUUUGGGGCAAAAAUACAAGACUUCUGCAUCCUUUACUUGUGCAAAAUACAAAUUAUGUGAGCAUUGCAAACUUAUACCAAAAACUGUAAACCAAAAUUAACAACAGUGACAAAUAUACUUUCUUUCUAAUUAUGAAAAGAGCUGCUAGCUGAAGCUGUUCUCUAGAGUAGUGCAAUAUGCCUCUUUAAAAAGGAGUAGAAAUUUUGCUUUGGCCGCAGCAUAAAUAUACAUCUAUACCUAGGGGCACACCGUCUGGACCCCAACUUGUGGUCCCCAUUGAAGCCUCGCUUACCAGGGGUUUUGCAUCUUCCAGUGAGAUCUGCCUCACUUAACAGGGUCUCAGGAAGGUUGCAUGAAGCCUCUGGAGGCCUCCAUGUGAUUUCACGGGGCUCUCAUGAGAAUCUGAAAGCUGCCACAGCUGCUUCUCCAGUGGUGGUGGCAUGCCUGCAGAGGCACCCCUCGAAUACCACCUCAGGGGUAGGGAGGAAGCGAGCGAGAAGGCGGAGGAGGGCAGUAGCCCUGUUCACAUGUCACAGUAAGUCAUAGUUACAUACACUGCUUUCAUAUGACAUGAUAAACCAUAGUUAAUGGUUUACAGUACUUUAAUUGUGAAGAUAGGUCCUGCUUCACUUCCCUCUUUGUGAGAGCAAUGAACUAUAUUCCUGGAAUAUCAUCCAAACUAGCAAUUGUAGUUUGUUUUGCUCCCAACAAGCCAUGAUGUACAGCAAUGCUUUUUGGCUUACCAGUAUCUUGCUGUGUGAAAGCAAUCAGCAUGUUUGUAACUUUUAUUUAUUUACAACAUUUUUAAAUGUCCAUUAACAAAAAAAAUUUAGGUGGUGUACAGUUGUGUUUUAAAAAACAAAACAAAACAACAACCUUAAAACAUAAAAUGCAGCAUGGACAUAUCACAACCAAAUUUAAACCAGCAUCAGCAUGAAACUGGCAACAGAAAACAAUAGUGCCAAAGAUCUAUAAAGCUCUAAAACUGAAGUAAACAAGUUUUUAAAAAUGUUUUCAAUUAAGUAAUGCCAUUUUCAACACACUGCCUCUUUCCCUGAACAUUACAUCUUCAUGUAAUAAUAGCGUUACCUCAAAUGUAUUUAUUUUCAACAAGAAAAACAUGUUCCUUUGACUGCUUUGGUAAUGCCUAUGUAUGCUAAAUUAAUGCUUUGCUUUCUUUUUUCUCUUUCUCAGUACGUUUCUGUACCUGAAAUUCCUGGUAGUUUGGGCCCUUGUGCUGCUGGCUGAUUUUGUUUUGGAAUUCAGAUUUGAAUAUCUGUGGCCAUUCUGGCUUUUCAUCAGGAGUGUUUAUGAUUCCUUCAGAUACCAGGGAUUGGUAUGUAUAGCAUAAAAGUGCUGGUGUGAUUGUGUGUGUACCAGUUUUUGGUCACUUUCACAUUAAACCCUAGCUUAGUGAAAUGUGAUGAGCUGCAGUAAACCUCAGGAUUGUGUAGUUUACUUUUCUUCUUCCUGUACUGCUGAGAUGAGGAGUUCAGAAGCUUUUCCUUAACUAUGGUUGGUUUGUGUCAUCAGGGUCAAACAAUAGUUAUUAACUAUGAAGCCAGUCAUUUUAAUUAUUGUACUGUACACCUUUUAAAGGUUUUUUUAACACUGCUAUCCAUUGCCCUGAUGUUUUGCGAGAGGGUGGUAUAUAAAUACUUUUAUAAAUAAAUAAAAAUAAUAAAUAAAGCUGGCUUUUAAAAACUAAUAAUAGUUAUUAACCUCAGUUCCGAAUCUGGAUGACAUGGCAAGCUGUGGUUAAGCAAAAGCAAAAACAAAAGCUUCUGCGCAUUCCCUCCCAGCUGGUCUGAGACCAAGUCUUGCUGCAGCUCGUUCCUAAUAAACUGUAGUUUGUCAUAAUAUGUGAAUGUGGUCGUUCUCUCUAAGCCUAACCACAGGGUUGGCUGAGAGGCUAAAAUGGAGCAGGGGACCAUGAGCUCCUGGGACAAAAGUGCAAUCCAUCAGUCAAUCAAUUUCACAGUGGUUGGCAUGAUUUUUCUUCACUAAUGCUGUUGAUGGAGCAGCAGGCUUGCACACUGCAAGGAGACAAAGACUUCUGAUAAGUAUUUUUUGCUCAAACUGCAAUAACGUAGUCUUCAGACACACUUUUGCCAUCUUUGCUGCUACAGGUAGUCCUCUGAAUAUAGUGUCAGAAAGACCACUGUGGUGACAUAGGGCCAAACAGCACAUGACCAAAAGCAUGUUUUAUUUUUUAAAUUGUGUGUAUCUGGUUUGUGUGAUAAAUUGAGGAGUGACUGAUAUGAAUCUAUGGUAAAAGAAAUGCCCAUUUACAAUGCAGUUGUUAUCAGAAACAAUGGUAACAGGAAAAUAUUGAUAAUAGAAGACUUGUCAUUCAUAUAAAAGAUUCAUAUAAAAAAUUAAAAGCUUAAAUAAAAACCAUUGCAAUGCAUUGUUUAAAGACUGUUCAGUGCAAUUAUUUUUAAAUUUUAACAUACUCUUUCUUCUGCCCCUCUCCCUUUUCUGUAGGCCUUUUCAGUAUUUUUCGUCUGUGUAGCAUUUACAUCAAAUAUCAUAUGUCUGCUCUUCAUACCAAUACAGUGGUUGUUUUUUGCUGCCAGCACGUAUGUUUGGGUACAGUAUGUCUGGCACACAGGUAGGUCACAUUCAUUACACUUAACAGUAAAUGUAAAUCUUAUUAUGCAAAAUAAUGGCUACUGGUUAUUUUUUCAAAAGUCACAUAGUCACAGUUAGAUCAGUCUCCUGUUGCUUAAUUUGGUAGUACCGAAUUCAAAUUGUCUCUAUAUAUUUGAAUUUAGUCUUCAAAUAUACAAUGUUGCCUUCAGGUUUAACAUUUCCUAGCCCUCAUCAAUAUUGGAUAUGAUUUAUGUGUUUGCUGCCAUGGGCUCUUUUGAGAGGUAGGAUGGGAUAUAGAUACAAUAAUAUAAUAAAAUAAACAAGCUUGCUUAUAUGAGAAUGAACUCUGGAGUCUGAGGCCUGGCACUCAUUGUAUUGUGAACUGCGCUGCAUUUUUAGCAUUAGGGAUCUUGGCCUUUCAGGGUGUGCAUUUUCUUCUUUCUUUCAGGGCAUACUUUCUACAUUUACUUGCAUGCUGUAGAACUUAUGCAUUGCAUAGGAUUCUAGUGCAUAUUCUAAGUUACAUGCUCAGAUCAUGCAGGACACUGCUCUGCCUGUUGAAUCUCCCUGCAAAAAAAUGUACUGUGUCUUAGAACACAUUCCAGGGGAAACUUCUACUAAUUGGCAAGUUGUUUUUCAGGGACGUUUGCCUACUAUGACUGCUUUUUUCCUUAUUUAAGAAUCUUAGAUUUCUGAUAGAUAGUUUGCAAACAUAAGGAGAUCUGGAGGAAGAUACAAAAUUGUUUCAUACACAUACUUAUGGUGAUGAUUCAUAUGCUACUAGCAGCACAGGUACCCCAUAACUUCUUCCAGCACCGUGUUGAUAACAAUUGGGUGCAGAAACCAUGUAGGUGGCUUUUUAAAUAGCCACUUGUUUGGCUCCCUGUGGUCAAUGAGAAUUGUCUCCAGGCAACCAUAGAGAGCAGCUUUGGACAACUGGAAGUGUGUUGGUUCUUUAAAGCUGUUGAUGUGCCACAAAUAACUUCACAUAUUUUUAUUUAAUAUGGUCUGAGAAAGCCUUUCAGGCUUGUCUUAUAUGCAGUGAGAAACCAUUGUUUUCCACUACAAGAAUGAAUAGUGAUGCUGUCUCUUCUUUCAUACCUGCAAGGAAGAGACACUUUCGAUUUUAAAUGAACCAUCAUUCCCUAUCACAUUUGUUAUGCAACUCUCAUUUCUUUAAACCAUGGUGUGCCAGAACAGAACCAUGGUUUGAAGGUGGUUUGUUCUCACCAGCCCUAGUUUCAGCAAACCACAGUUCCCUGAUGUCACAGGAGCCGUAGCUUAGUUUAAAACAGAAAGCAACAGCUUUCAGUCUCCUUCUUGCGGGUGUGAAAGAUGGAGAGAGAGAGAGCACAUACUUUCUCUUAAACAUACUAUUUGUAUCAGACAGAACCUUCAGUGAACUCUCUUCAGUGACUGCUGAAAACAUUUUUGCUUAGACAAGGCUACCCAGAUGUCUAGAAUGCUGAUGUGUUUUUAGUUGAUUGAUGGUUUAAAAUUUUUGAAUGUUUUAAGUAGUUGUUUUAAUUUUUUUACUAAUAAUAUUAUUGCUUUUUUCUUUAUAUAAACUACUUUGAAGAUUUUUACAAUCAAGCAAUGUAUAUAAAUACAUACAUACAUACAUACAUACAUACUAUGACACCUCAACCUGUGAGAGGUCUACUGCAGGUAUUACCAGUCUGCAACCAUCACCUGAGGAAUUUCCUUCUGCUACUCUGCACUCUCACAUUCACAAAUGUAAUCUAGUUCUUGCUAUGAAAAACUGGAGAAAAACAAGGUGGGAAGUGACUUUGUCCAACUACAAUGGAUAAUCAACAAUAUAUUUAAUUCUCCUUCUAAACAGCAAUAACAAGUUUAAUCAGUCAAUUAGAUAAUCAGAAUAAAAUAGACAAAGUGCUGUUCUCUAAUUUAUGGAAGCUAACUUCCCCCAACCACUAAAUGAAAGAUUCAGACCUUAAAGUCAUAUAUAUAUUUGUUAAGGGAGUACUAAUUUCCUUAUUUUCCUAGGACUUCACCUUUUGUCUCCAAUCUAUUGUCUUCAUUUAAUUUCUAACCACCUUCAAACUGCUUACAGAACACAUCUCCAUAGCCAGCUGGUUUCAGAAGGAAAAUGCAUUUUAGUUCUAGAUCGAUCAUAACAAAGCUUUUUAUUUUAUUUUUCUUAGUUUAUAAAAGAUAUGUCUUAAGACUUCUGACUUCCUUUUGGAUGUUUAUGAUGCUUGAUUUCUGCCUGUCUGUCUCCAACAGAGAGGGGCGUGUGCUUACCAACAGUAUCGCUGUGGAUACUAUUUGUUUAUAUUGAAGCAGCAAUUAGAUUUAAGGAUCUCAAAAACUUUCAUGUAGACCUUUGUCGACCUUUCGCUGCACACUGGUAAGUGUUCCUUCGCUGUCACUGUUUUUCUUUUUCUUUGUAGUAUUCUCUCAGAUUUAUGAUCUCAUCUGUUAUUCCUAAGCAGACUGUACUUUAACCAUCACAGGUGUCAAGCAUGUUACAGCUGCAUUUGUGAAAACUUAAUUCUUCAGAGUUCUUUGAACUGAAUAGUUUGUCAUAACAGAGGUAGAUUUCUCUAUGUCAGUGUGGCAGGUGGGGGAGCUUCCCAGACAUUCAUGCUGAACCCUCAUAAGCACUUUCUAUAGAUAUAGCAAUGUGCUGCUUUUUAAACUUGUGGUUUAUUCAUGGGCUAUUUGCAAAAGGACUUUUAAACAGCAAUGCCUGUUCCCAAUAACAGAGCAGAUACACAGAGUAAAACUUACCAGUUGAUGAUCAGGGAUAAAAUCCUGCUAAGUGGAGGUUUAAUCCUGCUGCUUUGGCUGCCUGCACCAGCAGGGCAGCUGGGGCACACAGCCAAUGUAGAAUCAAGCCCUAUGCAACAGCUGGUACAAUCUUCUCAUCAGAAUGACAUCAGCUGAUUAGUGAGUGGGCCCCAUGAGCCAAAUUUGUCCCCUUGCAGGCCAAGAUUGACACAUAGGCUGGAGGUUCCCUACCCUUGGUUUAAGCCCUAACCCUGUCCCCUGGAUAGCUCAGUCAGUUAGAGCGUGGUAAUGGCAAGGUUGUAGGUUUGAUCCCCCUGCAUUGCAGGGGGUUAGACUAGAUUAUCCUCGGGAUCCCUUCUAUGAAGUGAUCCAUCCUCCAGACACCUAUUAAUUAUGGUUAACUUUAACCCUGACUUAGUGUGGAAGGAUAAAUAAUCACCAUCUAUUAUAUAAUGGUCUGAAGACCUUAAUUCCUUUACAACAGUUGAAUGUACUUUCUAUAAUUAUGUUAUCAACUUUGUUUGGAUGACAUAUAUUGAUCUGUGUGUGCAAAUUAAGUUUCAUGUUUUUGUUGUGUUUUGUUUCUUUGAUUAUUUUUUUCUCCCUCUUUUUUGUUUGUUCUUUCUUUAAUAAAUUGGGAAUAAGAGAAUUAGUUUAAAAAACACCAAUUCUUAGCAUGAUAACCAGGCCACUGUACUAGUUCUGCUUGUGAUUUCUCCUUGCAAUUUUACAUGGCCGCUGUGUGCUGUGUAUUGGGGGACUUUUACAUAUUUAAUUUGGCUUUUUUACCCAAUAUAUAAUUUCCUUUUAAAAUUGCUGCCCAUUACCCAACAGCUUACCUUCUUUACAUUUACAAUUUUAAAAACUUGGUUACUGAAUUUAUUUGUCACUUUCAUAGAGGUUAAAAAGGUAAAGGGACCCCUGACCAUUAGGUCCAGUCGUGACCGACUCUGGGGUUGCAGCGCUCAUCUCGCUUUAUUGGCCGAGGGAGCCGGCGUACAGCUUCUGGGUCAUGUGGCCAGCAUGACUAAGCCGCUUCUGGCGAACCAGAGCAGCACACAGAAAAGCCGUUUACCUUCCCGCCGGAGCGGUACCUAUUUAUCUACUUGCACUUUGCCGUGCUUUCGAACUGCCAGGUUGGCAGGAGCAGGGACCGAGCAACGGGAGCUCACCCUGUCGUGGGGAUUCGAACCGCCGACCUUCUGAUCGGCAAGUCCUAGGCUCUGUGGUUUAACCCACAGCGCAACCCGCGUCCCUAGAAUCUGCCAUAGAGGUUACAAUUGCAUUAAUUGUUAGUGAAGUUCUUCUGAAGUCAACAUGGUUCAGUUGGUGGAAUGAAGCCAUGGACCACACCUUUUAUUUAAAUUAGUGGGUUGUAAAACUAUAAUUAAUUUGGGUAAUUAAUGUAAUUAAAUGUAGAAAAUUAAUGUACAGUGGUACCUCGGGUUACAUACGCUUCAGGUUACAGACGCUUCAGGUUACAGACUCCGCUAACCCAGAAAUAGUACCUCAGGUUAAUAAAUGAUACAUAUAAGAUUUUGCUCUGUCAUUUCUCUUGAUAGCCUGCAGUGGAGUUAUUCAUGGUCCUAAUCCAGAAGUACAUUUCUCUUCAUACAAUUUGAAGUGUGAUUAUUUAUAAGUGAAUAGCAGGGCCAUGUUGUUUUCUGUAGACAACUGUUUCUGAUAAAGAAUGUAAUCCUGAUUAUACUAUGUUUUGUGGCAUACUGGGCAUUUUAUUAGUUUGUUUGUAUUGUCUAUGUUAACAAAGUCCCCUCUUCUCUUUCUCUCUCUAGUAUUGGCUAUCCUGUUGUGACUUUGGGCUUCGGCUUCAAAAGUUAUGUCAGCUAUAAAAUGCGAUUAAGAAAACAAAAGGAAGUGCAGAAAGAGAACGAAUUUUACAUGCAGCUUCUUCAGCAAGCUUUGCCUCCGGAACAACAGAUGCUACAAAGGCAAGAGAGAGAAGCAGAGGAAGGUAAGUUUUUGCUUAGCACAGACCUGGGGCAGGCAUAAUGGUUUGCAAAUUUAGAACCAGCCUUGUUACUCUGCCUUUUUCCCACUGUUCCUGCUCUUAACCAUGGGUUCUCAAUCCAGAUGCACCAACACAAUCCACUCUUAACAUAAACAAUUGGUCUUGUCUCUGUGCAAUCAUGUUAUUGGGUUCUGCACCUAUGCAGGAUGUCUUUGGAAACUUCCCUGCUCGUCUCCUCUCCUUUGGAGGCAACCAUUGGCCACUUUAAGCAUCCCCAAGAGAGAUGAGGGCUUUCCUAUUCAGCUCUCAUCUGACCACCACAAUAGCAGCAUUGCCGGAGACUUUCCUUGGAACUCUUUUCUUAUUUAUUCAUUUGGCUUAUUAAUACUCCACCUUCUGUAUGUUAAGAAGAGAUUCUGAAGCUGUUAGCUGUUUUAUAUUCUUGAUUUCAAUAAGAUCAGUGAAUUACUUUUCCUGGGGCAGGGUGAAUAUUUGUGUGUGUGUGUGUUUAGGACUCUAGAAUUUUCUCAGUCAAUUUAAUUACUGUAUUUUUCGCCCCAUAGGGCGCACCUAUGUUUUUUGGGGGGAAAAUAAAGAAAAAAAAUUUUAUUUCCCCCCCAGGCACGGGGCUGGGGUGGGGGAAGCCCGAGCUUCCCCCGACCCCAGCCCCCAGAACAGGCUUCUCUGCGCAAGCCGUGGGAGGGCUCCCAUGGCUUGCGCAGAGCUACCCAAAGCCCGGGCGCGACUGCUCAGUGCGCCCAGGCUUUGGGGUGCAGGCAGCUCUCUGCAAGCCGUGGGAGCCCGGCGGGAACUCCCGCGGGCUCCCAAGGCUUGUGGAUAGCUUCCUGAAGCCUGGAGAGUGAGAGGGGUCGGUGCGCACCGACCCCUCUCGCUCUCCAGGCUUCAGCGAAAGCCUGCAUUCGCCCCAUAGGAUGCACACACAUUUCCCCUUCAUUUUUGGAGGGGAAAAAGUGCGUCCUAUAGGGCGAAAAUUACGGUAAGCAACUUAAAAAACUUUUUUGAUUUUUUAAAAGGAUUACCUAAUUAAUCAGGCAGUUUAUAAAGUAUUUUAAAAAUACAAAUACUUAUAAAAACUGCAUGUGAAAAGCACGAUCUUAACCUCCUUAGCUCUCCUCCGUCAGGCAGGAGGAACUCCUCUGCUAUGACACAUAGGUUGGACAUUAAAUAAUGGAAAAGUGCCUUUUGAUUCCAAACAAUCAUUUUUAACAUAUGAAAAUUUCAUUAACCAUAAAUCAUGCAAUGAAUAAGAUUUAUUUAGCUAGGCAUCCUACUUUUUCCCUUUGGGGAAGCAGGUUAAAUGAGCUUUCCUUAGUAUUUUAAAUCUUGCUGAAUAUUUAAAGUUUAUGAAAGUAGUUGCUGUAUUGAUUCCUGGGUUUAUGCAUCAUGAGAACAGUCAUAUUGCAGACAACUCUUCAGGGUGCUUCACUGGAGAAAUAUACUAGACUAGGGAUGUGCAACAAAAUGUUGUAGUGUGGAGUGCUGUUGUUUAGGAUUACAACCAAUCCAUUUCAUUACCUCCCCCAACUCAGUUUUCUGUAUUUUCCUCUUAAUAGUCAAUUAGCAUUCUGUGACUGCUGAGCACACUCAGACUUCACUGGGCUGUGUCUAGGUUCUCUUCACCACACCACACCCCCAAAAACAAUUAUAUGUUUUUCCCCCAAAUAAUUUUGUACUUCUGCAAGCUUGGCUGAACCCCACUACCCUUGUGUGAAGAAAGUGUUGUUUUUACUAGCUAAGCAGCAGCACUCAUAGGAAAUUGUGAGACCGGUGAUACAAUAUUUCCUAUAUGUCCUGUAUGAGUUUCUGUGUGUUGAAAGAAACUGCUUGUUUAUUUGUUUUCAUAUCCUUAAUAUGAAUGGUGAGGAGGACAUGAGGUUGAGAAUAUGUGAUACUUCUUAUUUAAGUUUUAAAUAUUGCCUCUUUUCUUUCUUCUUUUUUGGUAUUGCAGCAGCCAAAGGAUUGUCUGAUAUGGAUUCCUCUAUACUUUUGCAACACAAUGGAGGCAUUCCAGCCAAUAAAAAGUUAUCUUCAACAUUACCGGAACUUGAAUAUAGAGAAAAAGGAAAAGAAAAAGAUAAGGAUGCCAAAAAACAUAACCUUGGAAUAAAUAACAAUAUUUUGCAACCUGUAGACUCUAAAAUACAAGAAAUUGAAUAUAUGGAGAACCAUAUCAACAGUAAAAGAUUGAAUAAUGAUCUUGUGGGAAGUACAGAAAACCUCUUAAAAGAGGACUCAUGCACUGCAUCAUCCAAAAAUUACAAAAAUGCUAGUGGAGUUGUGAACUCCUCACCUCGCAGCCACAGUGCAACUAACGGGAGCAUCCCUUCUGCAUCAGCUAAGAAUGAUAAAAAACAGAAAUGCACUAGCAAAAGCCCCAGUGCGCAUAAAGACUUAAUGGAAAAUUGUAUUCCCAAUAACCAGCUAAGCAAACCAGAUGCACUGGUAAGGUAAGGUUGAUAUGUUAGUGACCUAGUUUCCUCUCGACUCUUACUUUCUCGCUGUUUCUUUCCCCAGUAAGUUAAAAUGUCUUUAAAGGAUUUGGGCUUGUGCAUGGUUCGGAUUGGGUUCAAUCUAUUCCUGCAGUAUUGUUGUGCAAUCAAUAUCUAAAGAAAUGAACUAGGAAUCUGUGAGUUCUGUUCCUAGUUAUGGCGUUAAUUACAGUAAGCUUACUUGGUGCAGAAUUACACAACUAUUUUUUUCCUGUGGUCUGCAUAGGAAGGAUUAAUUAAUUUUGGGGACCGGGAUAAUGAGCACAGUUUCUUAUAUUUGCCUGUGCUUUGCAUGCAUUUGUAUCUGGAAAUACUUCUUACUUUUUCUAGUAGUGUCUUUCUUGAGGUAUACAAAAAUUAAUGUUAUUUCUUGACUAUUACUCACAUGCGAGAACUGAAUAAUUCUGGAUUAAAUGAUACCAUCACAUUUUCAAAACCGGAUUAAAGACCCUGCUUCCAAAUACAACAGGAUUUUGACAUGCUAUAGUCUUCAAGAUGAAAGAAUUUAUUGGUUUUGUGUGUUUAAAUGUUUCUUCCUGGAGUAGAAUUGCAAGUGAUGAAUAUAUAGUACACUUCAUAGAAAUGCUUGCUAGUAAAUUCAUCCCAUGAGUGGGAAGAGUGAUGGAGAGUAAACACUAUUAGCCAUAAAAUAUGUACUGGAAUUUAUAUAGAAUAUUUAAACCAGAAGUUACGUCUUGGUUUCCUAAGAUUAAUUUGAGAUUAAAGGCUUGGUCUGGGGGCAAUUGUGACUGUUGCUAAAACAACAUUCAUGCAAAACCUAAAAUAAAAAUGCUAGAACCCCAAAACCAUAGUUGACUAUACCACUCGCCAUGUUGACAAUUCUUUCACUUUCUGGUGAGUAUGGCAAGCAGAGUCCAAGCCUUUCUCCAGCUUUGAGCUGGGAUUGUUCCAGUAACUGCAUUGCUCUGCUCUCAGAAGCACCAUGCAACUACACAGAUUCUCACACUCUCCAGAUUCAAACUGGAAUAAAAGGCUGAGGCUUGUUGUUUUGGGUGCUGGGCUGCGUAGGAGCUUGGAGUGCCUUGGCAGCCCAGCACAAAAACAAUCCCCUGCCUGAGUCCAAGUUUAGAACUGAAGAGGCGGACAAAGAUCAUCCCCGUGGUGGCAGGAGUAGACUGACACAACUGUGAGGGCAAGACUCUUCUAUCUUUAGCUUCUAACUCAGAGCUGGGGAUGGUGGUAGGGGCUUUCCCCUCAACUUGUACAUACUAUUUGGAAGUGAAUCCCUUGAGCAGCGGGACUUGCUUCUAAGGAUAUAGAAUAAUAGCGUCAAAGAGCAUACUGUUAUGGGUUUGCAGGGAGCCAGGAUCCCCGGAUAUUCCUGGGUGCCAGGUUCUCCCCAUAAUUUCUGAAAUGUGGGGGUUGACGUCAAGCCAGCUUCCUCAGGAGCUGGGCUUAAAGUGGUGCCAUGCAAGAACGAAGACAAGUGAAUUGAAAAGUAGAACAAAGGUUCACAACAUAUUUUCAGAGACACCAGUCCUCAACUCUGCUUUAUUAUUAAAGCAGAAGUAUAGGCAUUUCCAGAUUAUUUUACCUGUGGCAUAUAUAAUGAACGACUCCAUGCUGAACUUAAGCAGGUUUGGGUCUGUUCAGUGACUGGGUGGGAGGCCGCUUGGAACUCAGGGCAGCAAGCAUGGAGUUUCUAUGAUAGAAGAAAAGUGGGAUAUAAAUGUACUUAAGUAAAUAACAUUUAAAAAUAAAAUUCAAAACAGCUUCCAAAAAACAAAAACAUAAUUUAAAAUGCCAUAAAAUUACUAAAGACAAACUCAAUAAAACCAGUAGAAAAGAGCAAAGCAUUAAAUGAUAAGUAGCAUAACAAAAUCUGAAAAGCAGUACUGACAUCAGACUUUGUGGUUUGUUAAAAGUCCAUAUCAGCCAGUAUUCAGUGUACCAUCAUUGUUCUGAUUAUUACUGCUGUUUGUGUUGCUUUGGUGCAGAGAGCAUGUAUCGCAGCAUCCUCCUUUUUCUGCAUUUGUAGUUGUUUUCAUUCACCUGUGGCACCGUAAAAAGAAUGUUUCUGACUAAUGGGAAGCAGUGAAAAGAGUCUAUUAUUUGUCAGUUUGCAGUAACUUUUUGGGGGGAUUUUUUUUAAUUUUUAUUUUUUGCCAUCUGUGAUACAGUGUGUGUUGUAAAGCACCAGGACGCAACUGGGCCUUGUAGAACUGUUAUAAAAAAAGAACAGUUGUACAUGGCCCAGUUGCAUCCUGGUGCUUUACAACACACUGCAGCACAAAUGACAAAAAAACAUAUAUUUUUCAAUAAGUUAUAUUUUUAUUGUAUUUUAUUUGUAAUUCACCAGGAACAAUGUGGCUAUGAGUGGAAAUUAGCUGCUUACCUGUUUCAGUGGGGCUUUAAAAAAUAUUCAUUUUGGCUUGCUCAUGCUUUAGAUUAGAAUGAUGAUAUAGUAUUCAUUAAGCAUACUUUAACUCUUAAUUUUACAUCGGGAAAGGUGUGCCUUUGGUGGCAUUCAAUAUAUAGCCAGAAGCUUUCAGCAGAGUUUGGUCCAAGUGUGUGUGAUUUUGUGAGAUUAGGUAGGUAGGUAGGUAGGUAGGUAGAGUGAGUGUAUUUUGACCUGCUUUGGGCCUAAAGGGUGACUUUUAAAUUCAGUGCUGACUGAAAGUCCCUCUAGGAUCAUGCCCACCGAGGAGUUCCCAAACAGAGAUCAUCCCUGAGCCCCUUUUUGGCAUGGGUCUUUCCAGCUCCCUCUUGAAUUCAAAACACUUCCAAUUCUUCCUUUGAAUUUGAAUUACCUAAUUUCAUUUUUAAGUUCAGGUGAUUGACAGUUAGGCAGUUCUGCCCACCUGUCAAAAGCUGCCCUCGAAAGUCCGGCAGGUUCUGGAUUCAGUUCUGUAAUCAUUACAGCAUCACAAUCACUUUAAUAGAAGUGGAAGCAAUAGAUUCCAAGAUGCCUUUCAUGUAGAAUCUUUGCUGGGAGUUUAGGACAGCUGGCCUCCUCCAGCUGCCUGUGACACUUUAAGACCAACUAUUAACACAUUUCACAAAAGAGCUGAUUUCCUAGGCCAUUGCAAGCUCAACAUGUGGAUAAUGCUGGCAAUGUGUAUUUACUAACUUGGAAAUUAUCUAUACCAGGCAUAGGCAAACUCGGCCCUCCAGAUGUUUUGAGACGGAUGUUAGCUACGGAUGGUGGAAGUUGUAGUCCCAAAAUAUCCGGAGGGCUGAGUUUGCCUAUGCCUGAUCUAUACCAAUUAAUGUACUCAAAAAGGCUACUUUAAAUUAUAUGUCGUACUAUAAAUCAUUUCUGGCAAACAAAGCGUUUAAGGAUGUAGCAAAACUUUAAUCUAGAGAGUCUUUGUAAGAUUAGAAUGAAAGCCAAAGUCUUGUAAUACAGAUAAAGAAAGGGCUUUUACAGAGAAGGGUAAUAUAACUUGUAUUCUGGCUGGUGUGUGAUACCCUGCUAGAUGUAAGAACAAUAGGAAAGUUUGAGCCUCCAGCUGGGAUGAAAUGCUGAUCGGAUAACUUGAUUACUGAGGGCUGGUAUACAGGUGUAAUAUUAGCUAACCAUUAACCAGGGUUAGGAGGCUAGGGUCCAGGGAAUAGAAUGACAUGCCCUCCCCUCACUUGCACCCACCCCCAAUUUCUUUUACCUUGGUUCAACCCUGUCUUCUAAAUAUAAUUUUGGAGAGCCCAGUCCAAGUGUUGUGGGUCAGGACAUUCGUGAAGACUGAAUUCCUCAAGCAUUCCCUGAUAGCAGUGUGUGAAUGAAAGGCGUAGUGAUACGGGGGCUGGGCCUAGCUUGAUUCCUCACUUUCCCACAAUAUGACAGACUUGCAUGGUCUUCUGUUUUGUUAGGAAUUAUGCCCCCCAAAAAACAAUGACUGAUUUUCCAGUUUACAGCAAUCUUGCAGUUUGAGACUGGUCACUUAAGAAAAAUGAAUAAAUCUGGACCUACCUGGUAACCACAGCCAGAAUUUUAGGACUAGGAAUUUAUUUUUUUCUGUUUUGCAUUUGUUUUAAACACAAAAAACAAAUCAUGCUUGCUCAGUAUAGGCUCGUCUUCUCUUUUUUCACACCUAAACAUGACUGUUGUGUUGCCAGAGUCAGGCUGCAACAGUGUUUCACCCUUUCCCCUUCAACUUGAGUUGCACCAUUGGGUGUGAAUUGAACUCUGAAGGUAACUGGAGCCAUUUGUGCUUUGAAGCGGGGAGGAGGGGCAGGCAGCCAGGACUGAAAACCAUUUUCAUGUGCAAUUCACUUGGAAGUUUUUUGUUCCUUCCAGUGCUUGACUUCUAAAAGGAAAGGUGCCAAAGUUUAAUUGCUUAGAAAUCUAAUUCUCUGGCUGUGAAGUUUUGGCCAUGAAUAAUGGCUCUGUGUGUGUGUUUGCACGCACCAAACGAGAUCUAAUGGUGGUAGCUGCACUUGUUUAUAUGUCUGCCCCUUUCAUAAGAGCCAACUCCUAGAGGCCAAGGUCCCUUUGGCCUCCCCAAUAAAAUAGUUGAGGGGGCCAGCCCCCCCCCCUCAGUUGAUAGGCACUGCCAUUCAAAUGGUGUGUGCACACCAUGCCUUGUGAACAAUUAUGCAGGGUGGGGCUUACCUGCCCCCCUUUAUGUAUAAAGCACAGAGGAGCAUGUAAUUUUUAUACCAAAGGGAGCAUGACAAGUGAAGGGUGCUGAAUCCUGCCCCUCAUCUUUACAUUUGGGGCCAGCUCCAGGACUGAGGGGGCUGUCACCAAAGUAUCCUUUGGUGCACCCCCUCCUAUGUUGACGAGCCCUGGCAGGUUUACCUGGUAGGGGAGGUUGGCAGCAUUCUGAUAGGCAGCUGGUUAUGAAAGCUGCCACUUUAAUUUUCUGCAAUGCUCCAGAGUGAUGGUACAUCAGGAACAUUGUAGAAAUUAAAACAGUGCCUCCUAGGCAUCAUUUGAGAGACCUACCUGGGCUCUUAGUGCAGUGUAAUGACGGUACUUUGCUUGCCUGCCUGCCUGCCUGCCUGCCUGCCUACCUGCCUACCUGCCUGCUUUUGAUCACACCAGUCACUUCUCUUGCAGUCUGAUUCCAGUGCCAGAUAAGCCACAAGGCUGGGAGGAAAGUGCCUGCAAUGACUGCCCAUGUUGAGGUUAGAUUCAUGAUGGGGCAACAUCCAGCUAUGUUCUCUUGCUUGUCCUUUUUGGUGUAAUACUUCGGUUCUCCUCCUACCAAACAUGAGCAGAAACAACACAUGAAUAAACAGACUGGACUGCCACCAUCAUGUCUAAUUUGGCCUUGAAAUAUAGAGCAAGUGGUUUAUUUCUCUUUGAUGAGAGACAGGCAUUCUUCCACCUGCUCAAAGUCACAGUCUUGUCUCAGGGAAUUUCACCUUUGUAGCUGUAUCUGAGAAAAAGAUACAAAAUGCUGACCUCUCAUUCAUACAUAUAUUUGUAAGAAUCUUGCAUCUGUGUAAAGGGCUACAUGGAAACCUGCCCUUUAAUAAAAUGGGGUAAUUCCAAACCAGCAAUUUUCCACCUCUACGUGUUUUUUAGAAAAUACUUGAAGAACUUUUGGACUUAAACUGCUGCAGGCUACCUGUGUGCUACAAAUUACUAACGUAAGCAUGUGUGGGCAGGCAACUAGUAGCUUUUAUGGACUUACUUGCAAGGCUAGAAUCUAGUUCUAUAUACAAGCAGUUCUGACAGCCAAUUUAUAGAGUUUUCAGUAAAUUAAUAAAGAGCUAUUGAAGAUGAACUGUGUUCCAAAAAAUAUAUUCAAUCAAGCACCCUUGGCAAGCAACAUACAUUUUGAUGGGCUUAAGUAGCUUUUUAUCUCAAAAUGGCAAGAAAACAUUUUUUAUAAGUGCUGCAUUUUAUUUUAAUGAUUGAUAGUGCCUUGAUGAAUAAAGUCAAUUGCCUAUGGUGAUAAUUGGUUGUGUAUAUGCUACUGUUUUUCUUUAUUUGUAUCUCCCUUAAUAGCACAUACCGGGCUUUCAAACCAGUUCACACAUCUAUAAAGUCACCAGUAAAACCCUGAUUAAUUAGUUUAGGCGCUGUGGGUUAAACCACAGAGCCUAGGGCUUGCUGAUCAGAAGGUUGGCGGUUCAAAUCCCCAUGACGGGGUGAGCUCCCGUUGCUCAGUCCCUGCUCCUGCCAACCUAGCCGUUAGAAAGCACGUCAAAAAAGUGCAAGUAGAUAAAUAGGUACCGCUCCAGCGGGAAGGUAAAUGGCAUUUCCGUGCGCUGCUCUGGUUUGCCAGAAGCGGCUUAGUCAUGCUGGCCACAUGACCCGGAAGCUGCACGCCGGCUCCCUCGGCCAAUAAAGCGAGAUGAGCGGCGCAACCCCAGAGUCAUCCGCGACUGGACCUAUUGGUCAGGGGUCCCUUUACCUUUUUUUACAGUCAAUUACCAGCAGAAUAUCUUUUGAGAAUGUCCUUUGAGGUCCUGUUCUCUGUCCCAUCCCUCUCUUUCCGUCUUUCGGCUAUAGGUAAAGGUAGUUUCAAGGAUAUAUUAUCCCCUUCAAUCAUAAGCACAAUUUUUUGCUUACAGUAUAACCUUGUACUUCAGGUACAAAAUACCUGUCACAUUCACGGAGUCCAUGUGAUUGGGGAGGUCGUGGUGGGGAAUUUUAGGGGAGAAUUGACAGAAGGGUAGUGCUAAAUUCCCUUCAACACCCAUCAGUUCUUCCUGGCAGAUAUCCUUCUCUGGCAAUCUUUCCCUCAGUCAGGCUUGAUUCUGGUUUCAUAGACUAAGGGAGGGGAAAUUAUUACCCAUUUGCAAUGAGAAUUAGCAGACAGUGAAAAGAGAUAAUAUACAACCAUUUAUUUCAGUGGCAUUAAUCUCAACCAAAUAUGCAAUCCUAAAAUCCCCCUCAAUUUGAUGAGACACUCAAAUGUAGAUUAGGAAAGCAGAAAGAGGAAAGUUGCUGUUGGUUGGUUGGUUGGUUGGUUGGUUGGUUAGUUGGUUGCUUGCUUAAUGCACUGUUACUCAGAAUUGGCUUUGGACAUGGAAAAUGAAAGUUCAAAUUCCCAUUGUAAUACUUGCUGAAUGGCUGUGGACAAUUUGCUCCCUUUUGGCCUAACUCAUUUAAAAGUAUUGUUAGACUAAGACCUGACUUGUAUCUGAUGGGGUACCAUCUGUUUGGUGGCCAGUGGGUAGAGUCACACACCCCAGACACAUUUAAUUGUACUUGCCGCAGGCAUUGGCCCAUGUGCGUGUAGCGUGCGUGUGUAAUACUUAUAGGAAAAAUGGCUUUAUUCAUGGGCUGUGUCCUGUAUAAAUUGACCCCAAGAUGCCUUUCUGAGGUCCUUGGUUGCAGAGUAGGAAACAGAUGUGGCUACCUCCAGCAAUUUCCCCUAAAUUAGUUACUAUUUCAGCAAUAAAUAUCUCUCUCUUUAAAGAAAGUCGCAGAUCACACUAUGGUAAUGUUUGUCAUUCGAAAUUUCAGUUAUCUGAAAGUAAAAUAAUUAUACCCAAACCUCACUGCAUAAAUGCUGAUUCAGAUAUCUUAACAGCCAGAGUUUGCCCACUUCCUUACUUGUUUGUCUUUUGCUGGCUGGCUGCAGCAGUUUAGGGCAGAAACCAGGGAUGGAGGGAGUUUGGACAAAUCAUGGGUUAGAAAUGUCCCCAUAGGAAAUAAUGGAAAUCAUCAGCUCGUUAUAGAAAUGCUCAACUAACGAAUGAUUUCUUAGGAACUAAUUGUGUUCAGAUAGUGGUACGUAUGUGUAUAAGCCAAUAUAUUCUUGCCCUUUACCCUCUUUUGUUGACUAUUCCACCCACAACCACCUAAGGGUCUCUAGAUCUCUUAAAUCAGGAGUAAGGAAGUUUUUUCAUCCAAAGGCCACAUGCCCUUCUGUACAGCUUUCUUUGUACUACAUGCCCCUUGUGAGAGGACCAGAGGCAAAAGUGGCUGGAGCAACAAAUUACCUUUCUAUAGUAGGCUAGUUUCUGUACUGAGACUCUCACACUCCUCUCUGUUCCAAGGAGGAGAAAGGCAUUAUCAAAGCUGAAUGACACAUUCCAGCCAGGCAAAAACAGUAGUGGGUCAAAGCAGGGCCUGGGGAGAGUCCAGAGGGCCUCAUUUGGCCUUUGGGCCUGAGGUUCCUCAUCCAUGUCUUAAAUAAUUCUGUCCAUUCUCCUCUUCUUGGGACACCAUUCCAUAACACUUUCAUCUCUCCCACUUUUGAGCUGCAAGCUGUCUGGGUCAAAGAACUAUCACCUUUUCAUUUAUUUUUUAAAGGCCAGAAUGCACUAGUGGUGCUGUACACAUCAUAUACCUCUUCAUAAGGUAUCUUUAGAAUAGAGAAUGAUAGCAAUAUCCAUACUUUAAAAUUGCAUUGAAAAUGGAUUUGUUCUUCCUAUUUUCUUCAAUAUCCGUAUUAUGAAAUAAAGUUCAUUUACAAGCAUUUUGUGCUCUGUAGGCCAAUAUUGGUUUCAAAGGAAGAAAUGUUCUUUUUCUGGUAUAUAAUUCUUAUACUGCUGGUUGUUUUCAAGCCAAACUUUGCUGGAUGUUUUCAUGUUAUAUUUAUAAGAGAUGCACAUCUCAGGAACUGUGCAACCCAGGUUACUUAUCUCUUGAGUAAUCAGCUAAAACGUUGAAAUUGGUUGUGUUUUGUAAUGGCUCCCACAGUGGACUUUUAUUGUUACAACUAAUGAAGCAAGUAAUAUCUGCUAUUAGCUUAAAAUAUAGGGUAUUUGAGUUAUGUAAUAAUGUACAAUUGAAGGUAAGAUUUACAAUAUCCUUUUAUCAAAAUAAUUUAAUAAGGAAGUUGUUCCUUCGAGUUGUAUUGUAGUUUAUUGGCUUACGAGUUUACUUCUCUAGUUGAUUGUUUUUAUGUCAGAUUUCUCUGUUGUUAAUCUGAUUUGUCAUGUUUCUUAUAUGCAGUUGUAUCCUUUUAAUACCCAGGUUCUUGUGUCUACAAUAAAAUUUGUGGCUCCAUAGGAACUUGAAAGGCUCUGAAAAACACUUAAUGUUCUCUUUUGCAGUUUCCUAUUUUCAUUACAAUCUGCAAUAUUGUAAUUCUGCAAAAGGAAAAAUUACAUUUUGCAUGUGAUUUGAGCCCAGAGUUCAAUCCUGUCAUUACUCAUAUAAAUGUGGUUUAUAUAUGCAGUGCUCCUUCCACCUGAAUUGAUAUACAGUGGUACCUCGGGUUAAGUACUUAAUUUGUUCCAGAGGUCCGUUCUUAACCUGAAACUGUUCUUAACCUGAAGCACCACUUUAGCUAAUGGGGCCUCCUGCUGCUGCUGCGCCGCAGGAGCACAAUUUCUGUUCUCAUCCUGAAGCAAAGUUCUUAACCCAAGGAGUCUGUAACCUGACGCGUAUGUAACCUGAAGCGUAUGUAACCUGAGGUACCACUGUAUGGUCUCAUACUGUAACUACAUGUUACAUUCUGUUGUGUGUACCAGUACCCUAAUACCUACUGCUUCUAGAGAAAAGCUUCAGAAGUGGUCAUUUUGGAGUAAAUGGCUGUGGAGACGGGUGUUCAGCUGUUCUUCCACUGCAGUUCCCUCAGCUGUUUUCUCCCAUCACCUGCAUAUUUGCAAAGAUAUAGUGCAAACAUUAUAUGGAGGCCCACAGAGGAUAAAGCUGUUAGGGAACAGGAUAAGCACCUCUUUUCUUCUUCCAGUUGCUUCUCCGCAACCAGUGCCUCUUCCCAAAGCUGCUUUGGCAUAAUAGAAACAGCCAGAGAGGUUUCUGUUCUCAUAUGCAUGUGUAGCUCUGCUUUCGUGUUUGACAGGAUAAUAAAUGUGCUUGUUUUAUGGUGGGUGAAUGAGAGGAUCAUAAUACCACUGUGAACAAACCAAAUGUGUGAGCUGUACUAUCAAUUCUUUUGGCCUACCUAGCCAAAUAAUGUUGGCAAAAGAAUGGACAUUUGUAAGCUUUUGUUGUCACUUAAUAGUUCUUUCUCCCCCAAAUAUUUUAUAAAAGCAAACCCAGGGCUUUAUAAUUUGGUGCACUUUGCUAAGGCCAGAUAAAUAUUUUUUGCAAGGUAGCUCCAAUAUCAAGCGCAGGGUCAAUAUACACUUUUUUGUAUCUACGGCCAUACCUUCCCCACACCUUAUGUUGCAUAUUAUGUCAGAUGAGGGUCAAGUUGGCAUGGUUUGAGAGAAAUGGCCUUACAGGCAAAAUUGGGACCUGUGUUUUCUCCAAUUAAGCCCGGGGUAGAGAGUGCUGGGCUAGGUGGACUAAAGGUCUUCUGUAUUGUACGGUAGCAUCAGAUGUUCAUACACUAACAGGCCUGUUCAUAUGAGUGUUCUUAAUCAUUCCGCUCCCUCUUAGCCUCUGCUGUGCCAUCUGUACUAACUACUGGGCUGUUAGAACUGGCCAAUGUGAUUUGGAUCUAGGGGUCUUAAUAGACCACAAGCUUCACACGAGUCAACAGUGUGAUGCAGUAGCAGCAAAAAAAAAAAAAAAAAAAAGGCAGCUAAUUCUGUUCUAGGCUGCAUCAACAGAAGUAUGGUGUCCUGCUCAAGGGUAGUAGUAGUAGUGCUCUAUUCUACCUUGGUAAACGUCUUCUGUGAAGUGUUUUUGCUGACAGUUAAAAACAGUGCUGUUCACCCAAGCAUUUACUGGACAUUAAUUCUUGGCUAAGUGGAUUUUACUGUGAUUCCUAAAAGGAAGAGUCAGACCAGCCUUUUUCUGUGAGAGUGUUCCAUAAACAGGGCUCUGCCACCAAAGAAGCCAGUCUCUGGUUGGUGCACAUUUUAUCUCUGAUAUCUGCAAAAGGGUUUCUGAUUAAGAAUUUGAUGACUAGGCAAGUUCAUAUUGUGUAAUUCUCUGCCCUGGUGUGGAUCAGGGAAAUGUAUGACAGAAUGAUGUCAGGAUAUGGAUUACGUGUUGCAUGAAGCUGCCUUCUAACUGUCUUAAGGCUUAAAUCUGUUACAAGAGCCAGUGAAUGGUAUGUUAACAUCUCCACAAGCAGUCACUGAAUGUCCUUUGGAAAAAAUGCUGGCUAGCAACUAACAACAGUGCAUUUCUAGAUGCUCUGGGUCUCUUGAUCCUUCAUGGAAUUCAUUUCACCAGGGGGUCUCCAAAUUCAGUGGUCUCCCCUCCCCUAACUUAUCAAGCAUUCUGAAAAUGUAGAUGUGGGAGAGGGUCUCUCAGUCCUUGCUGGCUGGAAAAGAUAAGGCUCAAUGUCUCUCUCAGUUUUUCUGGAGAAGUGUGAGGGAAGUCUCUCACUUCACACAAGACUUUGGAGAUACUUGGGAGCAGGAGAGCAUCUUACUCCUAGUUGUAUCCAAUCAUGGUGUGAAGUGAGAAAUCAGUCAUCCCCCUCUCUCAAAUCAUCAGUGCACGUCACAGCCUUCGAAGGAGUGAAGUCAGUCACAGCUGCAAAAAAAGGGAGGCUACCAAGCCCAACAAAAAUGUUUGAAUUAUGCAUUUUAAAAGUUUCAGUUCAGAAUUCCUGUUCAAAUGAUGUGGGCAUUCACUCACACAGUGGAAAUGUGCACCCUGACCCAUGUACAUUCAGACAUAAGCCCAGGUAAGUUCAGCAGGGCUUACUUCCAAGUGCAUAGUAACACAGCUUUUGUUUUCUAGAUUAAUUCAGGCAUUGUAAGAAGAUCCAUCAUCACAAAACUAGUCUUGAGGAUUUACAGUAUCUUUCACAUUUAUUUGUUCUCCAUUCAUUGACCAAAACGUUUCCCUUUAUGUACUUAUUAGCAGAUAAUGGACCAGGGGCAGAAGGGCCCACGUAAUGUACUUUUAUCUAGUAAUGUGUUGUGUGUUUAUUUUUAGACACUUGUGCAGCCACAGUACACAUAGCAGAAUUGAAUACAGCAAGAUCAGGAAACUUCUCAACUGACUACUGUUUAGUCUUAGGAAGCAAUUAUAAGCUGAUUGUUGUUCCCUUAACCAUGCGUAAAAUGGUUUUUAAAAACAGUUUUUUCCUUGGAACAAUUUUUACUAUUUGUAUUUUCAGGAGGAGGAAAUCAAAUGGGGACAAACCUAUGCAUGAAUACACAAACAUUUAAACUCUCUUCCAGCCCAAACUAGCUUUUCUCCUGCAAGGUUCCAGAUAGCCAUUUAAAAAGGGAGGAAACCUAGUGAGGAAGGAUGUCUGUAUGUAAACGAGGAAACUUCAUAGCUGCUUGUCUUGUAGAUCAUUAGUGGGCCUUCAAGUCAAGUUGACUUCAGGUUAUUGAGAGCUGGACUAGCAAAUGAACUGGCAAGUCCUGGUUCAAGGACCCUGAAGGCAUACUCUUCCAUUGUCUCCCGAGACAGAGGGAUGCCAAAAUCUAUAAAUAUAUGAGUAGUUAUGCCUAGAAACUUGAAAUAUUAUUUAUAACUCUAAGGCAUGAUUUCCAGAUUAGGAGUCAGGAUUUAUCACAAGCAGAUUAACAGAUCACAGGCAUUUUGUGGGCGUGGGUUAUUGAGUUGCUGAUAGUCUCAUUACCUUGGCACAAUGAGCAGGUAGAAUCUGCUGUCAUUUGAAUUAAUGCUGUUUUAACAAUGUAAUCUAAUUUGUUUUGGGGGGGGGUUCCCAUAAUGAGAUUGAAGUAUUAGGAAAGUAAGCAAACUGUUUAAGAAUCAGUUCUAGCUUUUGUGUUCUUGCAUAACAAAAGGAUAUUAGCAUAUGUUAGUUUUACUUUAAUCCUUCUGAUGCUUUCCAAAGUGGGUAUAAGGGAUAAAGCAUAUUGGAGAAACAGUCUUUCUUUCUUAUAUAUCCUUACGUUUCAUCUUUGAGGACAUACAGAGGUGAAAGAGAACUUUUUAAACUGCCCAAAAUAGGUAGGGGGUGUGGAAGAGAGAGAUUGGGUCCAAGGAGGGAAAUUUUCACAAUGGGGACAAGAAAAUGAAUAUGUGAAAAAGAAUUAAGGUUAUUUUCCAUUGGUUCAGGCUAGGAAGCUUUGAAAACAAAGGCUUGUCAUUAAGAAAAAUUUGCUGUUCCCUCCCUAAACCCCUGGGAUAAGCAGUUGUAAAUCUAUAGAAAUUAGGAACUUGAAGAGUGAUGAAGUAACUUCAUGUGGUAGGUCCCAGAGACAGACUUUUGGGGCUAGUUCCCCUUUGGAAUCUGGUUUGAGACUUUCUCCAGUAGAUCCCAAUACACUCUUUCCUAUGCUGCUUUAGUUAAGAGCCAGUGAGAGUCAGUGCUAUGAUGUAGAGAUUAGAUUGUGGGACUAUAGCUGAAUUUGAAUUGCCACCCAACCACAGGCUUGUUGUAAAAAUAAAAUGGUGGAGGAAGGGAGAACCACAUGCCCCAUCCUAAACUCCAUGCAGAGUGAGAUAAAAAUAAACUACCCAUAUGCGAACCAUGUCAAGCUGAUAAUAUUGUCACAUUUGAACUGGGGAAGAGCAUCUUUAUUUUUUCUGCUGUAUUUAUAGACCACUUUUCAGCCAUACAAUAACAGAUCAAAGCAAUUCGCAGUUAAAACUAUUCAGGUCUAUUCAAAUCUAAAAAUAAAUCCAGAGACCAACAGGCAAAAAGCCAGUCAAAUCAUAGCAGCAGGAGGACAAUUAAAAUACAACACCAGAAUAAACAAAACAGAAGCAAAAAUAGCUUGCUUAAUCUAAUUGCUGAAGCCAUGGUGAGAAAGAUAAGUUUUCCCUCUCUUCCAAAAAGUGAAGAGAGACUCCUGUCAGUUGGUUAGAGUGUGGCGCUGAUAGCUCUACCUGUUGAACCUUCAAGGCAAGAACCUGCCAAAGCACGGUCAGGUACUAAAACAGGCAUAGGCAAACACGGCCCUCCAGAUGUUUUGGGAUCAACACCCAUCAUCCCUGACCACUGCUGUUAGCUAGGGAUGAUGGGAGUUGUAGUCCCAAAACAUCUGGUGGGCCGAGUUUGCCUAUGCCUGUACUAAAACCUAGAAGCCACACACAUUCUUGAUUCCCUGUCCCUUUUUGCCCAUUGUUUCCCACUCCUCCUCCACAGUGUUAAGUUUAAAAGAGGUACAUCCCUUCUUCAAAGGUAUCACCAUUUCAUCCCUGAAAUAUGUAGCCUAAAAGUCUACCCCUUUCUUACCCUAAAUGCACUUUAUUAUAAUUGGUCACUAACUAAACAUUUGACCUGAAAGACAGGUUGUGAGGCUUUGUACAACAGGAAUAGACAAGGUCCAUGAUUCAAAUACGUACAUUUGCAUUAUAUCCAGAUCAUGAACACUGUCCUGAAUAAUCCACAUCCUGAUACCUGGGGUGUCAAUGUGAAUAUAGCAUUCGGCAAGGCUGCCAUAUUUGCAUUAUGUAAACAUGUUCAUUUUCUGGAAUGUACAUAUUUAUGUGACUGCUGCCUGACUUUCUAGGAUGUGUGGACAGAAAAAAUGAGUCACAUUGUUGUUCCUGUAGUAGUGGGCACAAUAGUUAAGUAUUUGAUUAAAACACUGUUAGACUCUUGUUAACUAAGACAACUAAUUGGCUUUAAAUGCCUAUCCUCAUUCAUAUUUAGAUACUAUACAUUGUGUUAAAAUGUUUUAGCGCCAGGCUAAAAGAUUCUAUGUAAACUGACAUUUUAUUUCUAAAUAAGAUAUACGGCAGAUGGUCUCUGGUCAGGAACGAUUAAAACUAAACCUUCUAAACGGCUGUGCAUUUUCUCUCCUGCAGUGCAGCUCUCUGAGCCUGUGUGAAAAAGAGAGAGAAAUAUAAACAAUGGUGUAUCUUGGAUCUAAAAUACACUUCUCUAUUUACCAUGUAAAACAGUUUGAUCACGAACAGUUUGAUCAUGUGGUGGUAACAAUACGGUUCUGCUUGCAUUCUUCUAGCCACAGACAAGGUGACCGACAGCAUUGGACUGCCCCAUUAGAGCAAGGGUGGUGUGCAAUGAAGGCAAGGUUUCUAUGGAUCCUAUGGAUCACUCAGCGGAAUGCAUGUGCCAACUGAGCAGAUGGUUGGCACUGGCAAUACUCAUUUAGUGGGAGAACUGAUCUCCCUUCAUUUUCAGUUAUUGUGUGUGUUUUGUCACACAAGGUUCUGUGUACAGUCAUAUUUGGGAGUAGUAUAAAUGAAUAUGACUUGGUGUUUAGGACCCUCCAAAUGUUGCUAGACUACAUCUCCCAUCCUCUCUGACAAUUGGCCAUGGUGGUCAUUGCAGUCCAACAGCAUCUGGAAGGCCACAGGUUCUCUCACCCAUGUCCUAGAUUGUUCACUGAGCUACUUUGCAUAUACUUUGAUUUCCUGAUUCAGAAUAGAAGACAGCUCCCCUUUUCCAGGGGACUGCAUUGUGGGAGGGGUUCCGGGGUAACCUCCCAGUUACCCAGCAGUGGGUGGAGGGAUGCUGCCCACGUCAGUAGGACACCCAGCCACAUCACGCCUCCUGGCUGACCAGCCGGGUUAGCUGGGGGGCGUGGCCACCUGCCGUUUAAACAGCAGUGUGACUUUGGGGCACCCUCCAUUUGUCUUCUUUCGUCGGAUCUCCCAGCCCACCUACCAUCUUUGCUUGUGUUGCUUGACUAUGGCCUUGCUGUGACUAAUGCUGGUCACCUGGUUGUUGGGGCCGGGUAGGAAGUUUUCCGCUUGGCAAAUUGGCACCAGCCAUUUGGUUUUCGCCUGCCUAGUAGCUAUUGUCACAAUUUUGCAAGGUUAGGCAAGGUAAGCCUUGUCAUGGGAGGGGCAGUUGUUGCCUCCGGCCUGCCCCUCCACGUUAAGGGUAUCCCGUUAAAGGGAUCCGGGGGUGUGGUUUCUGUCCGAAGCCUGGAUGUGGGCUAGAGCCAUGCCACGACCCCAUCGGUGACCCUGGGGGUGCUCUUAAUUGAUGUAUAUCAUAGGGCUCCCCCUAUCGGUGGUUGACCCUUUGAGACUUCCUGCAGAUGAGCAGGAGUCAGGAUAUAGUCUUGCUUCACCCAAUUGCCUAAGCCAAACCACUCACAUCUGUAACCAAUAAAGUUGUGGCCUUAUUUAUCCCGUUAACCCAACAGAUGUGUGUCUUAUUUCUGGGGGAACUGAGGGGGUCUGGGGCCUUGCCACGCAUGUGGGUUAUGGAUUUUUAAAAAAUAAAUGCUAUUAUAUUCAGACUAUUUGUCAGAGUGAGAAGAAACUGUCAUUUAAAUCAAGACUUUUAGUGGUGUAGUAUUAGCUAAAUGAGCCACCUUGGCAGGAAAGGUAAAAUAUCAAUUUACUUGAAUGGCUGACAUGGUUGUUAACUUUCAGUUGCUUUUAUUUUUAGUUUCUAUGUUGAGGCAAGAUGGGGUGGGUGUGGGGCGAUAGGAGCUUGCCAAAAUCCUCUAUCACUUAUAUAUAUUUGCUAGGUAAACCAUGAAAUUGUACUAUUAAGAUUUGAGUACACAGAAUUGAAGUUAAAGCUUUCUAAUGCUAAAUUUUGCUGUGUUGUGUUCUCUUUAUCACAGUUAAUGUCAAUAAAAGAAAGGGUUACCUUCUAGCCUGGGAAACGUACUUGCACGUACAACUGACAGAUCCCUAUUUAUAUCCCAAGUAAAGGCCAAACUACAUAUGACUGUGGCAGAUCUGUGUUUUCAAAUGUGGUUUGAGGAAACGGGUGCAUGUGUGAUUUUGGAACAUAAAUGGUCAUAUGAGCUUCUGAUUCUGAAUUGUACUGUCCUUCUCAACCGGUUGCUUCUACCCUCUCUAUUUCAUGAAUAACUUUCCCCCAGCCAAGCUUCAAUACCAGAAGUGAGCCUGGCUGGCAUAAAAGUAACUGGAGAAGAGAUUUAAAGGGCCUGUGGGUGGUGGGAGGGGGGUCGGUGCAGAAAUGUCAGGUGUGCGAGGAAGGAGGCUCAUCAUCCUACCUACACAUCACUUUUGCAAUGCAAAUUGCCUCCCUUAUCUCACCAGCUUGCAACUUAGUUCUGCCAGUCAUGUAUAGCUUGACCCAAAAGAUUGCACAGUAAUAGGUGCAAUGAGAUAAAAGGUUGGGUGGAGAAAGUGGAAACAUGCUUAAAGGCCCUUGAUGGCCUUUUCUUAAAGGAGAAGCCCAGGGCCAAACUUUAAGCAUUCAAUAGAUCAGGCAUGUCCACCUCCCAAAAGACUGCAAUCUACUCCCACUAUAAAAAAAACUGGAAGUGAUCUACCCAUUGGAUUGACCAAAGGUUUUUUUGGGGGGGAGGGAUCACUCAGGAUCACGCAGUUGACCAGGGGCAACCUGCAAUCGACUGGUAGAUCGCAAUCGCCCUGUUGGACAGCCCUGCAAUAGAUAAAUGAAGCUAUCUCUGUUCUCUUUAAAAAUACAUAAAUUAAAAAGGAACUACUGCUCUUUAUCCUAGGCUGGAACAAGAUAUCAAGAAGUUAAAGGCCGACCUGCAGGCAAGCAGGCAGAUUGAACAAGAGCUGCGCAGUCAGAUUGGCUCUCUGACCAGCACAGAGCGGGGGAUUCGGUCUGAAAUUGGACAGCUCCGACAAGAAAAUGAGCUGCUCCAGAAUAAGUAAGUUUGGUUCUCACUUCACAAUAUAGUGGGCCUUUUCAUCCCAGCUGAUUUUUGUACUUGUAAUCUGAUUUUUUAAAGAACAAAUAUAGAUUUUUGAAAUCUCAAAGCCCAAGCCAGGCAAAGUUUAUCUCUCUUGAGCUCCAUUCAUCAUUUCAGUGGAAAGGGAUUUAAGAUUUAAAAGUUCUUGAUUAUUCCCAGAUAAUGGUCUAAAUUUUGCACUCUGAACUGUUUGCUAUAGUACCAAACUCUUUUAGUACUGACAGUGCUGUAGAAAUUAAUAACUCUUUCCUAUUGAUCUGUAAAAAUGCUAUAUGAGCAUAUGGAGAAUGACAUUUAUCUCUUGUUCAAAGAGGCACAUGAUUUAAACAGCUAAAGGUCAGACUUAACAGAAAUGUUACUCACACCUUAGCUCUGCUAUAGUGCUGAUUUCCUUCCACUCUAUCAUAAUGAAAAGUGAUGCACAUAGUGUCCCCCUACCCAAAUCCUUCCUAUUAUCCACUGAACUCUUACCCAAACUGGUAAUCUGUAUACUAUAUAGGCAUCUAUAUACAAAUUUCUCUUAAGACGAGAAAUUCUGCUUUGACUUGUAGUGAUUGGAGGUUGUAUCCAGUGCUAGUCCUACUCAAAGUAAACCCAUUGGUCAUGACUUAAUUUCACGAAUUUUAAUGAGUAGGACUAGCACUGAAUGCCACUCAUGUGUUACCUUCUUCUGAAAUUUAGAGAGCAGUCUCCAUUUUCUCAGAAGGGAAAGCUGAGUACUUAAAAGAAGUUACACUUCUGGAAUAGUACUUUAUUUUCUUCUCAGGCUAAAGAAAGCAGCAGGGAUCAUGUUCCUUUUCUUCCCUCUUUCAGACUACAUAAUGCUGUGCAAAUGAAACAAAAAGAUAAGCAGACCAUUGGCCAAUUGGAGAAAAAACUCAAAGCAGAGCAAGAGGCACGAACCUUUGUAGAAAAGCAGUUGAUGGAAGAAAAGAAAAGGAAGAAGUUGGAAGAAGCAACUGCUGCGCGGGCUGUUGCAUUUGCUGCUGCUACCAGGUACUGGGCUCCCUCUCUCAUAACGCUAGAAUUUGGUGACAUCCAGUGAAAUUGAACAUUGGAAGAUUCAGGACAAACAAAAGAAAGUACAGUUUAUUAUAUGCAUGUGAUUUUUUUUAAGGUGUAUAAUAUGAAAAAACAGAUUCAGAUAAUAAAAAGAAAUGUCCUGGUCUGUGCCAUUUGAAAAAACAGAGUCAGAUAAUAAUAAUAAAAGUACUUCACACAGUGCAUAUUUAAACAGUGAUGGCCACCAACUUGGAUGGCUUUGAAAGAGGAUUUGAUAAAUUCAUGGAGGAGAGGGCCAUUGAUGGCUAAUAGCCAUGAUGGUUAUUCUCUGUCACCACAGUUGGAGGCAGCAGUGCUUUUGAAUACAGUCAAACCUCAGUUGUCAAACAUAAUCCGUUCCGGAAGACCGUUCAACUUCCAAAAUGUUCAACAACCGAGGUGCGGCUUCCAGUCGGUUGCAAUAGCUUCUUGCAUUCAAGCGGAAGUCGCGUUGGACGUUUGGGUUCCAAAAAAUGUUCAAAAACUGGAGCAUUUACUUCUGGGUUUUCGGUAUUUGGGAACCGAAACAUUCGAAAACGGAGACGCUUGAGAACUGAGGUUUGACUGUACCAGUUGUUGGAAACCACAGGAGGGCAAGAGUGCUUGGAUCCUGCGUGCUGGUUUCCCACAGGCAUCUGAUUGGACACUGUGAGAACAAGAUGCCACUGGCCUGAUCCAGUAGGCUUUUCUUAUGGUCUUAUAGUGUUUCAGGUUGCAGGGAGGGAUCACAUUUUGGUAUUCUCUUUUGCUUGAUGAUCACCAAGCUGUUUUAUAGAAACAGCAAAAAGUAUGAAGGCAUGUGACACUAUCACUUGGCCAAAGAUAAGCAGACCUAGAAAUGUGACUGUCUGAUUGUAACAACACUUAAAAAAAGUGGCACACACUGAAAGUCUCUCUCUCCCCACCCUCUUGGUUCUUGUUUUGUUUGGCAGAGGGGAAUGCACUGAAACUUUACGAAAUCGCAUCAGAGACCUGGAGACAGAGUGCAAGAAGUUAACGAUUGACAUAAAGCUGAAAGAAGAUCAGAUACGAGAUCUAGAAAUGAAAGUGCAGGUAAUGAGAGUGCACCACGACAUUGCAUGCCUCCUUCACAGCCUGAACCUGACCCUUCAGAAUGCCUGCCACGUUUUCUGUGAGAGAAGAGUGCAUAGGGUUGUGUUUCUUUCUGUUAUCCUAAAUAGGCCGGACUUAGUCUAAAAGCUAAUUUUUCUUUGCCAUGCCUCCCUCUUUCCGUGAAGGAAACUUGCCUACUUGAGCUUUGCCAAACACCACUUUAAGGUUUUUUUUACACAUUACAUUUGAAUGUGGUUCAUGGAUGGCCCGCCCCAUGGGAUGUACAAGCCUAGAGCUGAGAAAACACAAAUAGUCAAGGAAGCUCCUGACAUGCACACACAGUUAUCAGCAACUAGUUUUUCAUGACUUGGCUCGCUUCUGGAGGCCAGGUUUCAUCUGUAAUAUACUCCUGCAUACCUUGUUCUUACAGGUAUGCUGAAAACUUUGAUCUAUUUGCAGAUUGCCCUUUUGCAGAUUGCCCUGUUUUUUUCCUUCCCAAAGUGAUUGGCACAGGACCACCCCUGUUCAGUAUUAAGUGGGAAUUGAUAGAUUUUUAUAUUCUGCCUUAGUUGGAUAAUCAUCCUGUUUAUCCUCAUAAUACAUUUAUAAUGUUAGGUGCAGUUAAAAUAUAAUACUCUAAAUAAACUAAUUGCAGUUUUUGAGCCCUCUUGGAGGAGAGGAUAAAUUAAAGUAGUGAGGGAAUGGUAUUUGCUGGGGAUAAUCAGUGGACAGAGAAAGGGUUAAUCACUUGCCCUCCAAAAAGUGUAGUCCCAACCUGAAACAAACUAUAAUGUUCAUUUGUAUAACACUCUUACUCCACUGUUAGAAAAGCAAGCUUUGAUUAAAGUUUUUAGGAACAGUGUCAGUUUUAAAUAGAGACGUGCAUUUUAAAAAACUCCGUAAAACAUAGUUUCAAGUUUUACACUUGUUUCUGAACCUGUUCAUGGUUUCCCCCAUAAAUUUGCAGUGAAAUGUUUCUGUGUUUUCCUCUUCCUCUUCUGCAGGCCCACAUAAUCAAAGUGGCUAGGGAAAAGUAGCGUAGCCCUUGCUUUGCUACACAGGGAGCUGUGAAAUGUACAAGGAAUAUUUUCGUAAUAAUCAAAAGCUUCUCACUUGUGUUUUAAAGUGAAAAACAGUUUGACUUUGUGGUUUCGACAGGUAUAUUAAGUAAAACCUAUUUUUUUAUUGGCGUUCUCAAGUACAUGUAACUCUGGAGGCUAAAAUAGUUCAAGUACCCCACCCCUAAAAUAAAGCCUGGACAGGUUGAGUAACUUGUCAAAACCCCUUAAGCAAACAUUUUAAUUUACAGAGAGGGAAUGUUAUAUAACAUUCUCCCCCAUUUAUCAGGAAGUUAGAAUUUAUUGAGCUUUUCUCUAGCGCUUCAUUAUUGUACUCACUUGGCCUGUGGGGCCCCACCUGCUUUCCAGUCCUGAUUUGCCUUCUCCCUAUUGUGGGGAGAGUCCGCAGUGCAGCGGAAAAGGAUAUAUUUUUCAUUGAGGAGGUCCCAGGUUCAAGCUGUGGUAUUCCAAUUGAGCAAAGUGUGUGCAUUCAGGUAGCAGGGCUAAGAAAGAUUCUCUGCCUGAGACUCUUCAGAGCAACUUUCAUCCUGGGCUAGAUGAAGUAUAAGGCAAUAUCAUGUGUUGAUAUUUCUCUGAAUGAGGUCCAAGUGGGCCUAAUAGGUUUAGGCCAGCAGUGGAACAUGUUUUUUUCAGUCUGAAGGCCGUGUUCCCUUCUGGGCAACCUUCCAGGGGCCACAUGCCAAUGCUGUGGAAGACCAGAGGGAGAAUUGGGAGGAAUGAAAUGUUUACCUUUGUGCUGUAUGCUAGUUUCUAGCCACACCUCUAUCCAGCAUCAAGGGAAGCAAGAGACAUUAUCAGAGCUAUAGACUGCAACCAGGCAGGCAACAAUGCUCCAGGAGGGUGCAGAGCAAGACCAGAUGGGGUUUGUAGCCUUGGGAGAGUCCUGAGGCCAGAUAGAGAAGCUUGGAAUGUCACAUUUGUCCCCCACGCCUAAGGUUCCCCACUUCUGUCUUACACCAUGGCUGGCCAACUUCUGAUGAUGGAAACUUGUGCCAUACCUUGGUAAGAACAGGAAGGCCCAUGGGCUUAGCUAUGUGUGGAGUGCUGCUUAUGGUCCUCUCCAGCUGUCAAUUACUCUGCUGCUACUGCAUGCUUCCCAGCUCAGCAAACUAGAAGUGACCACCACCACCAUUAGAAUCUCACUGUUUCAACUGGGACAGUCUCUUUCCCAGUCUGGCAUAUAGUCCGCCUACAUUUAGUGCAGGACGUGCAGGUUGACUUGAAGGUUGGCCGCCACUAGCUUAGAUCAGAUUCUGCCUUUGCUCAACCUGCUUUGCAUUGGAGGCUAUGGGUGAAGUCUAUCAUCACCACUCUCAUUCCACCCCAGGAAAACUGGUUGUGGGGUCACUGUACUGGCAUGAACAUAGAGGGUCCAUAUCUCGGAGUGACUUCCUGGGGGACUCUUCCUGGACUUCUCUUGCUCCGACAUAAUCUCACAAAUUUAUAUUGACUUCCUAGUUAAAUGUGGUUUUCAAGACUGGAAAUUUGUGUGUCUUAAUCAACAGCAGAUUGGAAGAGCCCCCACAUCAAGCCAGCUUUGUGUUCUGCAAUUGGUACAUUGUUCAUGCUGAAUGAGCCAUAAGAAUACACUGUAAUCUAUUCUGAGCCCUUGGGGAGGCUGGGUGAAGAAAACUGUAUUACUACAGCUGAACAUGUCAAUUUCCAAGCUGCAGCUUCUGCAGAGCUAAAUUGCCUUAUGAACACGUAUAUUUUACAUACUGCACUUGAGGUCAAAGGAUAUAACCAAACCCAGCAUACUGCAGAUUUGACCCCAAUUUUUCUCCUUCCCCAGCCACAACCCCAGUCUUGUUGUUUCCCCUUUAUCUCAGUAUAAAGUUGCUAUUUGUAACAGUCCUGCUUUAAUUACUCUCAAGGAACUGCGGAAGUACAAAGAGAACGAAAAGGAUACAGAGGUGUUAAUGUCAGCACUUUCAGCCAUGCAGGAUAAGACACAGCACUUAGAGAACAGCUUGAGUGCGGAGACGAGGAUCAAGUUGGACCUGUUCUCUGCAUUAGGAGAUGCAAAAAGACAGCUUGAGAUAGCUCAAGGUAAGUGGGAUUCUCCAUGCUGCUGGGCAAAGUGAUAGAAAAUGAGGUAGUGCCCUCUACUGUCCAGUGAGAUACCAUGGAUUAGGAGCCAAAGAAUCUAGUGUUCCUGUGAAAAGCACUUCUGUGCAAACACUGGGGACUGUGUGGGUGCCUGCUGGUUUUUAUGCCUUGCUGCAUUUUCUUCAACUACUUCAAAGUCUACUCCACAGCCCCUGUCUGCCACAGGACUAUGAAGGACUCCAUUGGGAAGGAUGAGUCAGAAAAGCCCCAAUACACACUUCCUGUUCUGCUCGUAGCCCUUUGGAUUUUGGCCGCUGGCAGCUGGAACUACCUUUUGGAAAUUAUUCCUACUUGGAAUAUAUGGGAAAUCCCCCCCUCCCCCAAUAAAUUUGUCCUGUCUUAGUAACCCCCCCCCCCGACAAACUUCUAAGCCUUGCUGGUAUUAUUUUGGCUUUCCUUGAGAUUCCUCAGAUUUUUUUUGCCUGAGGAAGACCCCAGCGCCACACUGAAUUUUGCUUUAGGCAACAUUUCAGUAGCUCCUCCAUGCUGCUGUAGGGCUCAAACCUUAACCAGCAUUUGUUCGGUCAGGUUAACUACUGCUUAGACGUCCAACAGUAAUUCUGAAAGUCUCCGUGGAAACAGGUUAAACAAAGAGAGUACAGAGGACUGGUUUGGAGACGUGAGAGUAAUUGCUUUGGUCCACCCGAACAGCAGUGACUUGGUCAGACAAUCCUAAUCAAAUGCAGCAAACUCCACACCAAAGAAAUCAACAGUGUUUUGUUUCUCUUUAGAGUGGAAGCAAACUGCUAGAAAACAGAUGGUUAAAUUUUUAUUGGAUCUCUGAGUGCAACUCCAAGUGCGGAUGCUGCAGAAACGUAAUGUGGUAGGAAAUUAAUAGCCCAGGCACAGCUGGAAUUCUUCAUUUUGUAUACUCUGUCCAGGAAAACAAAAUGCUGAGGGAAGUGGGAAGAGCAAAUAAUAAAUGGCAAUUUGCUUAAAUAGUUUAAUUUGUACUUUUCCCUCCUUAGCUGUUACUUUAUUUUCUAACCUUAGGGAAAUAACCUUCUUGCAUAGGCCUCUAUAAUAAUGCCAUUAGAGUUCUCUUCCAGGAAGUUCUAAGGAAAUAUCGUUUUUUCACCUCCAAGUUUUUAGGAAAUCCAGCAGGUGUAUGUGCCCCCAGACAACCUUCAUACAGUACCUUUCUUUACUGUUUGCAGUGAUUCAGUUCACAGCUUCUCAUUCCUCCCUGUGCUCCUGCUUUGGCACCACUUUUAUUUGUCCAGGCUUUUUUGUUCAUUGAGUGGCCCAUCCUUUGCCCUCAUUUUAAAGUGGGGGCGGUAGGAGAACUCCCAGCUGUCCCUUUCCUGCCUUACUGUGCUGUGAUGGUUUCAUCACAGCAGGGCAACAUGAAGAGCAUUGGCCUUGGCAGCAGGGACAAAACAAAGGCAAAUAUUUUGUCUCUCCAGAAAAUAUUGCUGGAAAGGGCGAGCUCUUUGCUGAGAAAAUGCUUGCCAAACUCUGCCCCUUCCUGCUCCUUCCCAGCUCUUCUUUUAAUUUGCUUUGGGCUGUAAACUUCCACUGUAGCCAGCAGAGGGCGCACAAAGUUAACAAAAGAACAGCGUCUCCCUCUAUUUUUGGAUGGAAAAUCCUAUUCAAGAUAAAGUCCCAUCAGGUCAACUUUGCCUAAAUCAUGCUCACCACCAGUACAAACCUAUUCCACCCACCCUACUCCAUCACCAAAUAAAGAAGAUAAGUACUGAAGGAAAGAAAGUAGAUGUAUGAUUUCUACCCAAAACUUGGAAAUAGGUAAAGCAAGAGUUUCCAGCAUUAAGGAAAUCUGAAUGAACGGGUUAAAAUAAAAUGUGUUAAGAACACUGUCUUAGUAAAGGCAUGCUUGUAAAGAUCUUCCUUCCGUUUCACGUGGCUGUAGAGGGAAUGUGGAAAUUAUCUGCCAGAGCUAAAUCUAUUGAUUACUGUGGAACACUCAGGUUUUAAUUUAGCUUUGCAGUUCUUUUUUUAAAAAGCUGUGCAUGUUGUUUUAAAAAGUAAAGGUAUCCCUGACCAUUAGGUCCAGUCGCGGACGACUCUGAGGUUGCAGCUCUCAUCUCACUUUACUGGCUGAGGGAGCCGGCGUUUGUCUGCAGACAGCUUCUGGGUCAUGUGGCCAGCAUGACUAAGCUGCUUCUGGCGAACCAGAGCAGCGCACGGAAACGCUGUUUACCUGCCCGCCAGAGCGGUACCUAUUUAUCUACUUGCACUUUGCCGUGCUUUCGAACUGCUAGGUUGGCAGGAGCAGGGACCGAGCAACGGGCACUGACCCCGUCGCGGGGAUUCGAACCGCCAACCUUCUGAUCAUGCCACUUCUGAUCCCCUCAGACUCCACCCCAUAACAUGUUUGUCCACAGUUUUUAUCUGGUAUAAAAACCUGGCAUUUGGUGACAGUUCUUUUCCUUCCUCUUUAAUAUUGCAGGGCAAAUAAUUCAAAAGGAUCAGGAGAUCAAGGACCUAAAACAGAAGAUAGCAGAAGUCAUGGCAGUCAUGCCCAGCAUAACAUACACUGCGGCCACCAGCACACUGAGUCCUGUUUCCCCACAUUACUCUUCCAAAUUUGUGGAGACCAGCCCUUCUGGACUUGAUCCCAAUGCCUCAGUUUAUCAACCCCUGAAGAAGUAAAGACCAGCUUCCAGUUUGUCACACGGAAGGCAUCACACAGAAAAAUAUCUUGCAGUCAAGAUGAAAUUUGUAUUGUGUGAGACUAUUGAUUUAUUGUUUAAAAUAAAAAAAUAAAAAAGAGGGAAGUGGGGGGAAAGAACCUGAACAUCAAGGUUUGGCUAGAACUGCCCAUCAGUUUUUUCUUGUAAAUUUUUAGAAAACCUCACAGAACUUUAUACGGUUUCUUUCUUGGCCAACGCAUUAAGGGAAAAAGAACCCACGACUCUUGGUUUUCACAUAGCAAAUUCUGCCUCUCUUUUUUUCCCCAAAAAGAACACCUCUUGUAAGGUUUCCUCUUGAAAGGAUAAAUUACCGCAGAGCUCCGCUUGAUACAAAACCCUUUCUUUCCAUUUUUUAAAAAAAACAUAAUGAAGCCAAAAUUACAAAUUAAGAGUUCAAAGGAAUAAUGAUGGAAAUUCCUUAGGGUAUUUUUUUUAAGUGGAAAAGGGUUUAAGUGCUCAAGCAAAGCUUUUGAUGAUGUUAGUGGAUUAUGAGGCAGAGGGACGGGGAAGCGCAUGUGCAAGAAAUCUAUUAGCUUACCCCUCUAAGGACCAAACCAUAUUUAAGGGGGCAUCAGUUUUAAGGGAGGGCAUAAGGAUUGCAGAAAGGGUGUAGACAAUAAUGUAACAUUGGUGGUUGUGUAAAGUGUUUAGUUUCCCAUCGGUGUAUUUAGUCACUUGAGAACUGCUAACAGUCUUGUUCAACAGUGCCUUGGGGAAAAAAAGAUAUUUCAAGAGGAAACUCAUUCAUUUAAACAAUUUUCUCCUGCUUUCACUAUCAUCUAGCUUGUAAUGCCGAGCUCGUUUUACAGAGUCUACUGCAGAUCGUACAUGGUAAUUUAGGUGCCCGUUGCAAUCCUAGUUUACAUCUCUUUUGUUUGUUUGUUUGUUUUGGGUACAAAAUCCAACAGUGUUCACAUGGUUAGGAUAUGCUGUAGAGGGCUCAGUAGCAGCAGAGGGAGUGUUUUGGUGAAGGCGGAACUGUGCAAUGUACUAUACACAAGAGACUGUCAGGUUGGCUCAAGAACACGGCAGUUUGCAGGGUUUUCUUUUUUAAAAAGUCAACUGCGAUUACGCUUUAUAUCAUCUUGUGUUUGACAAUUUAAUUUCAAUGGGGCUGACAAAAUCUCAGCAGUUGUGCCAAGGAGCUUUUUUUAAAAAAUAGUAAUUUUUUAAAAAAGAAACUCAUAAAAUUGCACAAAGAUUUAAGUUUAAAUGUAUAUUGUGCAUUGGUAGGAAAGUGUAUUGCACUGGCGACUUUCAAAGUGUUUAAGGUUUGGGUGUGGGUGGGAGGGGACAUGGUGGGAGGGGUACAAAAUCGUAUUAGUAACUAGCAAAAUUAUAAAAUCAAACCAUUAUGAUUUUGCCAACAUGCAGUGGACUCUGGAAGGACAAAGUUCUUCUUUAAAAACAACAGCAAUUUUUAAAGUUUCAUAUGAAUUGGCAAGUAUGCCUUGUUUUAAAAAAAAUUAAGUAGGACAAGCAAGUCAAUAAAAAUAGUAUUAAAAUCCAUCAUUUUAAAUCAGAUUCUUUUGAGAUAAAAAAAAACUUCUAGCUUUAGCCAGGUGUGCAUGUUGCUGUCAUUUUGCAUUUUUGAAUCAUCUUGUGUAAUUGUCACCAUGAAAGUGUUACUCAGAAAUGUCAUAGGUUUUCAUCUUUGUGCAAAACAUGGACUAUUGUCACUGACUUUUUUGUGUUGAGGUUCCCCCAUUUUUUAUUUUUUUAUUUUUAUUUUUUUGCUGCCCUUUGGGCACAACUUUUGUUGAAAUACUCGGUCUUGGCUGCAUUCUUUUUUUUUUCUGUGGGGUUUACAAAAAAUAAACAUUUUCUUGCAGAUAAA